ACCUUUGUCUUAUUUAAGAUGGCGGCCUAGUGCUCAGUAGUAACGCGGUUAUGGAUUAUUACAUGUCAACAUGUCACUUCUCAGAGUCUGUGCCUUCGCUAAAUGUCUAAACCGUCGCAGUUUAUUUGAAAAGUGUGCUUUUCGCGGGUCUCUCCCGGACUAUUGUCAGCUGUGUGUGUCAUUAAGAAACGGUGCGGUCAGAAGGAUAUCAGGUGAGCUGAAGGAGACUGUCUCUGAUCAACACAAUAAUAAGCAUGUGCAGUGACUCAGAGGUGCACAAGUUCCAACAGUUUGGCUUAACACAUGUGCUAAAUGUGUCGCUGAUGCCAACAUGGACAUAAGUUGUGUUGUAUGUCGGGUAAUUGAGAGAACACACCGGGUUUGUUAUUGAGUGUAGUCUUGAGAUGUUGUGUUUAAGGACACACGUGUUAUGGUUAACGGGGUUCACCGCUGUCCGAUCACUCUGUCCUCGUCAAUAAACAGUAUAAAAUAAUCUUUAACCCCUCUGUUUAGCCAGUUUUAGCCAUACUGUAUGGUAUAUUAGCUCAGAUACGACAUGAAUGAACCUCAAGUUUGUCAUUUUGGAGUAUUUGUCAACCUAAAGUUUAUGCCAAAGUCUCCCACGUUUACAGUUUUGAAUAUUGUCCUGUUGGUUUGGUGAGAAUGUUAAAUUCUUAAUCUGCAAAUCGCUGGGAUAUCUGAAAACUUCUUUUUCCCUCUCCAGAAACUCCUCUGCGUUUUCAGAGAAGCAAUGUUUCAGCCGUCAGACCAAAGACAGAGGAUGGAAAGAAACGUGUGCUGGAACAGAAUCAGCUCUUAGACGGUAUGUUAUUGAAGACAAGCUUCUGCAUUUGUGAGCUCCAUGAAACACAAUUUUCACACUACUUUUCUCACAUAUUUACAAUCUAUUCUUCCAGCCGAAACUGUUUUGUUUACUAUUAACAAAGCAGUCCAACAACGUUUCUAAUGCAGCAAGGGGGCUAGUUGUUUGGAGCACUUAGUGGACGAAAAUAUGAAACAGCAACAUACACACAGCAGCUGUGAUGACCAAUCUAAAAAAUAAGAUAAAAAACCUGCACUUAAUUUACAGUAUUACAUGAGAUUUUGACUGGUGAAUAAAGUAGCUGGAUAACACCAUGAAAGGAUCAGUCUUUCUAACAGGCAGGUAAGCAGGUGACACUGAACAAGGAUCGUAAAGAAUGAGUGGAAAAUGUCCGACAUAAAUCAAAAGAUUUGUGCCUUUCUGGAAAUCUGCUAAUUCAGUGGUUCUCAAGUCCAGUCCUUGAGGCCCACUGUCCUGCAUGUUUUGGAUGUUUCCCUGCUCCAACACACCUGAUUCAAAUGAUCAGCUCGUUAUUAAGCCAUUACAGAGCUUGAUAACGAGCUGAUCAUUUCAAUCAGGUGUGUUGGAGCAGGGAAACAUCCAAAACAUGCAGGACUGGGGGGCUUGAGGACUGGACUUGAGAACCACUGUGUUAGUUAGUUAGUUAGUUAGUUAGUUAGUUAGUUAGUUAGUUAGUUAGUUAGUUAGUUAGUUAGUUAGUUAGUUAGUUAGUUAGUUAGUUAGUUAGUUAGUUAGUUAGUUAGUUAGUUAGUUAGUUAGUUAGUUAGUUAGUUAGUUAGUUAGUUAGUUAGUUAGUUUAUUCCAACAGGUUAAAAGAAAAACAAAAAUAAAUACAAUAUACAAUGUGCUUUGGCAGAAAAAAAAUUUUAAGAAACAGCUGUGUAGCAAUUGUUGUGCUACUGUAAUUUAAUCAGUCAGAGCAUGUGAAGGAAUAACAGCACAGAAGAAAUCAAAUACUGUAUAUCAGAAAAAAAGGCACAUUGACCAUUGUUAUAAAUUCAUGUUUCUGUUUCUCUCUUAUAUCCACUCAGAAUGUGGCUUAUAAAAAUAAAUUGAAAUUGCUUAGCAAUCUGCAGGUUUUCAUUUCUUUGCUGCAGCUGUUCCACAGAUUUACUCUUUUGACUGAUAUACAGUGCAUUUUUGUGUUGGUGCGUACAGGUUGUUUUUUAAAAAAUGCAUAUUCCCCUGAGAUUAUGUUUGUUUUCUCUUAUUUGAAACAACUUUUGGAUGCCCUGUGGUAUCUGAUUCUGAUUUGCUUUGUGCAUGAUCUGAACUGUUUUGAGGUUGACCAAAUCCUUGAACUUUAGUGCCUUCAGUUUGAUGAAGUGUGAGUUUGAUGGUUCUCUGUAGGUACUUUUAUUUACUAUUUUUAUUGCUAUUUUUUGGAGUUUGUAUAUUGUUUCUGUGUUUGUUUUGUAUGUGUUCCCCCACACUUCCACACGGUAGGUGAUGUAUGGGAGAAUGAAUGAACAGUACAAAGCGUAUUGCGAUGACUGGUUUAGAAGAUAUUUGACUUUAUGUAGUAUUGCAUUUGCUGGUUAUGAAGUGGAUUUUGGUCUUUUGUUGAAGGCUCCAAAGAUAUACUCGUUUUCAUGAAAUGGAUGAGAUUAAACUGAUUGAUCUGGAAGAACAUCAUGUUGCAGAAUUUUAUAUGUUAAAACAUUUUAACUUUUUUAAUGCAUCAGUCAAUCAAUCAGUCUUUAUUUGUGUCACAUUUUUCAUACAAAAACGAUACAGCACAAAGUGCUUUACAUAGCAGAGGAAUAAUAGAAACAAAGAAUACCCUGAAAUAAAUAGCUCAAUAAAAGAUUAUCCUGUCACUUAAACUAGAAGAGAUAAAGAUUAAUGAUAUUAAAUUUAGUUAAAAACACGACUUAAAAGGUACGUUUUAAAUUUACUUUUAAAAUCAUUAUGCUUUUGUGCUCCUUAUAUGUUGAUGUGGUUUGUGUUUUGUUACAACUCAGUUAGAAAAGUCUGUGUUCCGUCUAUUUUGCAAUUGCAUCUUGUCAUCUUUUUUGUGGGUGUUUUACUCCAGUAAUAAAAAAGACUGGUCACAAAAUGUGUUGGCUAAUAUUAGCUUUCUUUCCGAUUCUUUCUCUCUGGCAGUGCUCGAGGCAAGGAUCCACCAACUCCAAGCUGACGUCAUUCUCGAUGUCCAACGUACAAAGGUGCAGUUUGUUAAAGCCCCCUUCUCUGGAAAAGGUGGUCCAUCUGGUAAGGGCCCCAAAGGUGGCCCACAAGAGAAAACAGACAUUACAAAAUCAGGACAGACUGGUUCUAAGGUGGGUCCUAAAUCUCAGCCCACUCGGUGGAUGGAAAAACUGUCUGAGGAGAAAAAAAUUAAACUUAAGAAGCAGCAGAACGUACUAAAUGGAAUCAAAGCGAAACCUGCAGCCAAAUCCAAGGGCAGAAAAAGCAGCUCAAUGCUCCCUGGAACGUCACAUAAGACAAUUUCUAUCACAGCUAAAAAGACUGUGCCCGUGAUUAAGGAGGGCAGGAGUAGCAAGAAGCUGGCUGAUGAGAUUCGCGAUGCAGUUACCUCCACUGCUUCUCCUGUUACAGCAGUAACUACAGCAGUGUCACAUAAAGCAUCAAAAUCUAAACAGAAGAAGAUGAAAAAACACUCAAUCAAUGAAGAGGGCCAGAAACAAACUGCUACUGAUGCAGAGAGUAUUGCCAAAGAAAUGGCUGAGGUGGAGGAGCUGGAGAGGCGGCUUAAUCAACAAGCAGGACAGUCAGUAUAUUCAAGGGAGGAAGAACCUCAACAAAAGGACACCGUGAGAGCUGGGGACCUCCAGACGAGCAUCCACUCCUACCUCGAGGCGUGUGUGUUUGUUGGGGAGAUUGAAAGGGCUCAUCGUUUCCUGCUCAGCCAACACAGAGUGAGGAGUCGGCGCAAACUUCUAAACACAGGCAUCUACAACAUCAUGAUGAAAGUGUGGGCCAAGAAGGUGAGUCCAGUAAACUUGGAAAGUGUUUUAAAAUGGAGGCCAAAAUCUUCAUUGGGAUCGGGGCUGUUAAUUGGGACAAUCAACCUACGUUUUGUUUAUAUUUGUUUGCUCUCAAUCUAAAUGCAAAACUGUGAAACUCUCUGAAACUCUUAUAAUUAUAUACUGUUAUAAUCACAUUUAAAACCAGAGAUACUUGUACACAAUUAUGGGAUGCAAGGGUUGUUAGGGGGAGCUAACCUCCAGGAGGUCAGGCCGCUGGUUAAUGCUAUAGUAUAGGAGCUGGUCUUCCAAGCUAGUGUUUUGGUAUAUUUGCCAAAGCUGGUUAACAAACAAUACAUUUCUUCUUCCCCAUUUUUAGAAUUGUAAAAACACAACGUAUUAAAUAUUGGAAGUGAAAAUUUGUAUAAUUUAACAACCAUCUGUAAAUGCUCAUUUCCACUUUGAUGCCAGCAUGUUUCAAAAAAGUUGUGUCAAGGACUGCAAAAGUCUGAAAAAGCAACAGAACGUCAAAAAUUUUUUGGAAAACAACCUGAAUCUAAUGAAUAAAUGUUUGGAAUUUUAAUUUCAUUCAUAACUUGUCUGACCAUCAAAGCAGUUAACUUAGCGUUUAAACAUAUUUUGGUCCACCCUAGCCAUGGGGAUGGACUAAGAGUGAGUUGACAUGAAACAAAAACAACAAAACUGAACAAAAACCAGCACAUUGAUUGUGUGUAAAGUUAUCUCAGCUGUUGGCAGCUUUGUCUGACUUGUGUCUGUAUGACUUAGAAACUGCCAUAUAAAGCCACAUCCCUUGUAUUAGUGAGCCGAAUUGAUGGGCACAUUUUUUUUAGCUCAGUUGUCCCUUGUUUCCCUGGUAACAAUAAACAUUUGUGGAAUAAACAGUGUUGUGUUUGUGUGGAGCCAAACCUUAAUUGUCCUCCGCUGUCUUUCUCACUGUUUAUAGGGUACAUUAAAUCAGAUUGGGCGCAUGUUUAUCCUGUUAGAGGAAGCUGGUCUGAAGCCAGAUCUGGGAUCCUACGGUUCCGCCCUGGAAUGUAUGGGCCGCGAUCCCAGUUUAUCCCAACGGACUGUCAAAAGGUAAGGGUGCACAAUUAACACGUAUGUUCUCAUUCACGCACAUAGGACCUGGCAACCGGGUGCUGGUAAGACUCAUCUAAGCUCUUGAUUUUCAAUUUGCAAUGAUUUGCAUAUUUCUAAAAUGAUUGAACAGACAUUUAUACUUUUUGCUUUGUUUGACCUUAUUUUGAACAUAAGGGUUUGAACUGUAAGACAAAGGGUCAAAUAUUUAAAUUUUUAAGAAAGGAAGAUGCAAUACACAGAUUGACCAGCAGGGGUCACAAUAUGCUAAGGCUUUCUUCUUUUUUUGCUGUUUUAUUUCAGAAGUAGCAAAGUUUGUCUUCAAGCAUCUGUUAUCCCUGUGAUUUAAGCUCUGGUACUGGUGAAUGGUCUACACAUAAAGUAACAGCUACUGUGUCUGUUUUUAUUGCAUUUGGCAGCUUUUGUGUGACCGCUCCUAGACCUGACAGCUGCUUUAAAACUAAACUAAGCACAACGGACUGACCAAUGAGCACAGAGUUUGCAAGAACACCAGCAGUGCUUUGAAAUGAAAAGGGUCCAAGAGCUUCACCCUGUGUGUAAUUCAAAUAAAUCUGUCUCUGUGUAUUUUGAUACAGCAGGUUAAAUAAGUAUUGAGCACGUCACCAAAUUUCUGUUAAUGUCGGUAACAACCAAUGCAAAGAAAUCAAACCUUAGUUUUCCAUAAAUUAUGUGUAAAAAUGGAAUUAUUAUUAUUAUUAUUAUUAUUAUUAUUAUUAUUAUUAUUAUUAUUAUUAUUAUUAUUAUUAUUAUUAUUAUUAUUAUUAUAACUUUAGCAAAGAAGGAGGCCAUCAUAAAUGCAGGAGUGCAGUUUGUGUUGUUGGUUGAGAGACCAACUAUAGAGUCUACAACCUAAUAUUUAGAGUUCCUUUGAUGGAGGGCUGAGUUAUGUUGAUAAAGCCCCCCUCCUGUGUUAUAACAAAUGGAACAUACUUUAAACUGAACAAUUAUAAAUUAAAAUUUAGUAGUUCUUAAUUAUCAUUAAGAUUUUUGCAUAUUUUAAUGCAUAUUUUCUAUAACCUGGUUGGGCAUUAACUGUAAUAAGUUAAUCCUAAGCUGUUAGUCUUGAGUACCAUUAUUAGAGUAGCCUCACAGUGAGUUAUGACAUGAUAUUAAACUCAUGCAGUUUACACCUAAUGAGCCCAGAGCUUCCACAGUAGACUCUUGGUAGCCAAGUUUAUCUGUUUGAUAGCUGCCAAUACCAUUAGCUGACAUGCUGCCCAGGCAGGGAAGGCUCUCUUUAGUUUAUUUCCAACAUUACUCUGGAGUCUUAUAACAUCAAAAACUGUAAGGCACCUGUUCUGUUUCCAAAAAUAAAGGACAUUGAUGAUCUAUAACUUACAGACUUUUUUGUUGACACUCUUGUCAAUGUUUGCAUCAUCAUCUAACAGCCAGUGUUGGUUUGGCGGUUACAUUUACCGAUCAUUUGGCACAUUGUCAGCCAGCUGUGAAAAUGAUGAUAAAUUAUGUAAACUGGAGUAGAGUGGGAACUUUGAGCUUGACAAGCUGCUCUUCCAGAAACAGGCCCACUGUGAACUGGGCUACAGCUAAUUUGUAAUCACACCCGAGUAAAAAUAGCCCUCUCUUUGCACAUGUUUGUGCAUUGGAUCGAGACGUUAUAGGUCCCCUGUGUCACCGCCAGCAUGAUUGUAUGUUGAAAAGCUUCAUCAGCCUCAGUCACGUUGAUCACUUGUGCAGUCAGAGAGACAAUGAUAUCACCCUAUACAGCUCGGUCCAAUAGCAGGGCAGGUGGCAGGGCAGGGCAUCGAGUUGGUCCAUCGAUCACUGUAAGCUGAUGCUUCUAUGACAUUGUUGUACUGAAGUGGUGUACUCAUACUUAUCCUCUGACCAGGCAGCCUUUCUCCUCUCUUAUGAACAUUUUAUACAUUUUUUUAUUGUCAUGUUCUUUAAUUAUCUGCGUUGUCAACCUCUGUAUUACUGUCAGCUUGCUGCACUUCUCUUGAAUCACACUUGCCUCUAAAGUAUCUCAUCUUUGCCCUCACUGUACCAAUCUGUUCCCCUCUCCUCUCUCUCCUAAACACACUCACACACACGCAUACACACACUCUCACUUACACACACACUCAUCCCUUCCAAGUUUUCCCUUUUGUAAGUGCUCUGUCCUCCAGAGCUCUUUGCUCCCUAGGGUGCAGCAGAGCAGUCACCAGGCUGAUUAUGCUCUAUCUUUCAACCUCUCUGCUCUCUUUGUUCCUUUCGACCACACUGGCAGCACCCAGAUUAAUCCCUUCUUUGUUCAAGGCUCCCUCAUGUACUUAUACCAAAUUGCACAUUGCAUCACGAGAGACUCCAAGACACAAGACGAGCGAAAAUACUAAUAAAAUAUGACCUCUUUGGCUUGCUCAAGAAUAAUUUCCAAACAUUUUACACCAUUUUAAACUUCAGAUAUAUGACAAAAGGCUUUCCUCCUUCAAUGAAUCACAGUGCAGACCCCCGCUCUCUUCAGAUUACAGUAAGUCAGAGGAAGCUGCUGAAGCAAAGUUUCCUCCAGAUGGUGAUUAGUGUGCAGUUAUUUUUAAUUGCCAUCGGGUAUAAGUGUGUAAGGUGGAGCAGCGCUCUCAUCCUCAGUGCGUUAUGACAAAAGGGGUUCCCUCCUCUCUAUCCUUUGUUUUAGUAGUACUCUUAUUAACCUCUAGAGGGCAGUAUAACAAAACAUUCUCCUGGCCCUCUCAUGUUUGUUCUGUGAAGACUUCAACCCUCAUAAUGUUCACUGAACUAACUAGAUUAUGUUGCUCUAGACGUGCAAAAUAAAACGUUGCCACACACAGAAAUAAUGCAAAGUGUCCUCUGUAAGCCAGUUGAACGGAGUACAUAAAUUAGACAAAACUGACUGGAUAUUAAUUAAACAAAACUUAGACGAAGAAUAGCAACAUUCAUGACUAACUUUAGCACAAACUUUAAUUAAACUUUUUAUCCAUUUAAGCCCCAAGUCCAUUAUCUAAGAACGAUACAAGUCUGCAAGGCCAAAAAAGAAAUUAAAUCUCAAGCCUCCUUGGAUAUCAUUUAUCAAAAUGAGUGAUGGCAUUAUCGUGUUAUUACGCCUCUUCUUUGUAUUCAGAGAAUGAACACACAUACGCAUUAUCUGCAUCCUGCAGUCUACUCAUGGACACUCUCCUCUCUCGCUCCUCCUCCCGCUCCCUCUGUCAAAUACCCCCCCUCCUUCUGAAAUCUCUAGGAGAUUCUAUUUAAGUAAACAUUUCACUGGUGUCAUCAGAGCUCAUCUGCCUUUGGAUAAAACUCAUACUUUGUGUCUGGCAGAAAGGGCUGUUGAUGCAAAUGCUUGAAUUAAUAUUCAGCCGCUGUCAUUCAGGGAAGGAGAGACAUAUACAAUGACCCACAGACGGGGGAGUUGUUUUUUAAAAUGAAUUAAUCAGGAGCCCAGACAUUCAUAUGAUUAUCUUAGUCCCAUUCCCACAUCAGCAUGCAGGUCAAAGGGUUGUAAACUCUGAACUUGUGAUCAGCUUCUGGAGGCUGUUCCAUCUAUAAUCUCUGACGUGAAUGAAAAUCAACUUUUAAUGUGAGCGUGUGGCUAAAUCUGAACAACCCUAAGUUUAUCAUUAUAAGUAACAAGUUUUUUGAUGAUUCUGGUACCUUAUUCUAUUUUAGUCUUUACAGGAAAAUAUAUGAUGUGUCCAUAUGUAAGUAUGAUAAUUGUUGAGUCCUCAUGUAUCCUUAGGACUCCACAGAUAAAGCAGAAAUAAUUUGUCUUCCCCUUGUGUCUGUGUGUGUCCAGGUGCCUGAACCAGAUGAUGGAGGACGGCCUGACGGUGGACGAUGUGUUUAGCAAGUGUGUUUUCCAUCAAGAUGAGAGAGACAUGGUGCUCAAGGCAGUGCACCUCGUUCAGCCAGACUAUCAGCCAAAUCUUCACAACACUGCCAACGAGUGCUACCCUCCUCUGGUUAUUGACUACUACACACAGGUAUCACAAACUACAUUUGAUUUUUGGUUGAAAAAAAAAAUGCAAUCGCCUCAUUUUGACCCAUAAAGUAGUCAUUUUAUUUAAUCUUCUACACGCAAGUUAAAUAUCAAUAUUGGCAGUACAAUAAUGAAUCACCACCCAGCAGUUUCAAAUGAAAUGAGAAUUCUUGGAGAAUUUUGGACUAGCCCCUAAAUUGUAACACAGCCAUGAUUAGCAGAAAAAUAUCAUUGGACCUACCAGUGAACCCUGUGGAACACCCAAAUCAUUGUGUUAAAGUGAUACUGCAUCCUUUGUUUGUUUUGCAAAUGUUUUUGUUGUUGUAAUCAUUUUUUUACUUUGUUUCUUUAAGGAAGGUUAAACUGAAUCAAUAGAGGAGUAUUAGUCCAAACUUUAAUGGGUGUAAAAGAGUGGUGCAUUAUAACCGUGUUAGCUUCAUAAAAGUUAUUUUCUCAAGCCUUAGUCUUGUAUGUUGUGAGAGUCAAAGCACCAGAGAACUUGUAAAGCUGACAGGAGGCUUCAGCGUGACUACCAAAGGUUUGAUUGUCAUCCCUUCACAGCCAGAAAAGCACUAGCCUAUUUAUAGUGAGCCAAUUCUGCUCACCUCUCACCUCUCCAUCCCUCCUGAUUCUCACAUGAUUCAUUCACAGCUUCUCAUAUAAUUGCAGUAUUUGUUAGCACAAAUCAUAACACCAUAUUAACUCAGGUCUACAUCUGUAAGUAUUUCGAGUCAUCUUUCUUAUUCUUUAAGUGUUUGUAAGAAAGUUUUGAUCAGCAGGUCAUAUAACGGAGCACAUGUUGAUGUGAUAGGCCACAUAGCCAGAUGAAGCAGCUGAAACGGCAAGUUACGACUGUUAUCUUACUUUUUGGUUAAUUUUCUGUCCAAUUAGUUAUCUGACUCUUACUGUGACUUUUUUGGUGGGUUGAUUUAACGACUGAAAGGCUGAAUAAAUAACUGGUCCACUAGAUAACAGAGGGGCAUACUGAUGGUCUCCGGAGAUGUUUGAGUCAAUUUCAGCAGCAGACACAGAUUUGAAUUAGAAUAGUGUUUGUUGGGGUGAGAUGGCAUUUUGAUGAGGUUGAUGCUUGUCCAAAUUCAGUUUGAUCUAGUUUCAAAUCAUCAUCAGAGAUUUUUUUUUUAGUAUCCUCUUUUUUUUUUUUCUUUCUGGCAUCUUGCCUCUAUGUGUUUCCAUUUCAUGAAAAAAGAAAAAAAAAGAAAAGAAAAUGCAAAGUUGCGUAGUUGUCCUUUGUAAGCUCUUCUGGGUGUUGGAGAAGUCUUGUUUACCUUUCCAAUGAAUGUAUUACUUUGGCAAAAGAAACUUUUCCAGAAACUCAAAGGCAGCACCUAUCUCUUACAUAAUAUUGCAGCACACUGUCUUCAUAGCGUGCUGCUUUCUCUGUCGACUAGAAUUGUGCCAGCACAUUUUUUACCUGCUAUCAGCUGACUCCAUCCUGUUUUUUUAAUUAGGUAUUAAGUUUUUGGCUCAUUUAUUGUCCUACUCCUGAAUAUUGUAGGGGGGCUGCCUGUCGAGCAAUUUAUGUGCAAAACUACCUCAAGGUUUGCUCCAGCUGCUGUCUAUGCUUUGUGCCCCUUCAAUUUCCUUGGCAAGUUCUUAAACAACAAUUGGUUGAAUUAUUAUUUUUUGGGCAAAUUUCUCUUUGUCUGAAAAAUGUGUUCCCUCUUUAGUCAGCUUGUCGGUGCAAACCCCUUUGAUCUGAAGGGAUAUAAGAGGACAGGCAACAAAACAGAGAGCAAAAAGGACUCAUCGCAUCGACUACAAUGUAAUCCAGGACAGUCAUAUGGUGUAGACUGAGUGUAAAUUUAUGCUUCUGAACAGAUGUCUGCAUGCUAACAGUCAGCUCUUGGACAUUUUUUUUCUCAACUUUAACUUUAUCUCACUUCACAAGUUCUUAGUCAGAGUGCCAGAUAUGAGAGAGUUUCACAAAAAUAGGGAGUCAAUUCCAAAACUAGCUACACCCCGAAAGAAUAAUCUGCUGCUCUCAGAGUUAAAAUCCUUGUGAUUGCCAGUGGGUUGAAGGAUUGCUGGUCCAACAACCUGCCAGUCUAUUCAGUUAAAUCUUGAAAACAGUGAAAGUCAGAGUGAUGAACUCUUUGUUUGUAUCAUGGCAGAAGUUAAACAGACUGACAUUCUGUCUUGGCCUCCAAUCAAUGUGUUUAAAAGGUCGUCUGAACUUCUUGCCUCUCAGAAAAAAAUCAUAUUGUGAACUAGCAAUGUCUGGCUAUCAUGAUUACACUAAGGACGAUCCAAGGUUAAUGUCUACUGUCCUUGCUUUCUUUAAAGUCUAAGCACAGGGCAAGAUCUGUGUGUUAACUUGUCUUUGUUUCUGUCUUUCUCAUUGUUGUGCUUGUGUAUGUUGUUGUAGAGGGCAGACCACCAUUACCCCAAAUUGGACUUCACUCAGGAGGAGCUUCAGGAGCGUUUCAAACAGCAGCUUCAGAUUGAACAGGCCUGUACUAUCACCAUCGACUCUGUGGAGGGGUGCAAGCCUGUUACCAAACGCAUCACAAAAAUGGUAAAGAAACUUAAAUGCUGCCUUUCUUUAUCUUAGUUGUAGUCACUAACUGUGAAUUGGCACAUGUAACUGUGAUGGGUUUUUAAAUGUCCUGUUGCCAAGUUCAUUUGUUAGUUUGAGUAUAUUUUAUGAGUUAACAGAAAAGGAAAACGGAAGACUUAUCAAAAAAAUAGUCCCCAGAGAUACAACAUAUGGCAUUUGAAACUCCAAUUAACCUUGUUGCCCACUGUUGAGACACAAACAGCUUGUUAUGUGUUAGAAGAACAUUAUGUAUUGUCUCUUUAAACUGCAAAAAUAUCUGCAGAUUUCAUUACAAAAAAAAAAAAGGUUUCUAGCAGAUGAAUAGAUUCAGACUGAUUCAGACACUAUCUCCCGUUGAUGAUGAUCAAUAAUAAUUCCAUAUUUAAAACAGAUUUAUAAUCUGUAACUGUCAGAGACCCAUGACCCUAUGAGUUUAGUUUCUCUUUUCGCUGGGUAAUAUGUUUGAAAUGAUAUAAAUGAAGGUCUGACAGGCCAGAGAAGGAAACAUAUUCCUGCGGUGUGCCUUCUUUCUAACUCUGGCAUUUACAGUCCAGCCUGGCUCGUCUGCCUCUGCAGAUGGGCUACGUGGGAAGCGAGCAGGCUGAGAGUCCCUGGUGGUCAGGAAGCAUUUACAGACAGACAGGGCAGAAUAAUAAUGUAUUGUAAUAGAGGCCUCUGGAGAGAAUGUAGAGUCACCUCUCCAUCCACAAAGCAGACUGUGUCUCAGCUUCAGCCACACCGAGUGAAACUCCUCAACUGAGAAGUGAACAUUAGCUCAUACAGUUGUGAAGAGAAUAUCCAUAAUAAGACAAAAAUGCAAAUCUAUCUGCUUAUUUUCUUUUCAUAUUGAUAACCACUGAUUGUUUAUUGCUCAUAUAAGUAUGAUAAGAGAUUAGAUAUUGUCAUGGCAACAUGUCAUCAUUCAAUUCUGAAUUGUGCAGUAGACUUAUUGCAUUGUUGGCACAAAUGAUCAAUACUUUUAAAUUAGAAAUUGUAUAGCACUUUAAACACAUUUACCCUUCAUUUUGAGUUAUCCUUUCACUACUCAUGGCUUCUCAAAGUGAUGCUGAUGGAAUUAAUCCUCAUGACGUAUUUUCUAAAUUGCAACUGUUAUUGUUAUCCUUGGCAGUGGAUGGUGUACAUAGUACUUUAAACACUAGCAUAACAACCUGGCAUAACAAGAUACCAUUCCAUAUGGUAUGUUAUUAUGCCAGGUUGUAUAGUAUCAUAUCAUGAUGCAUCAUGUUUUAUUGGAUCAUUUCCUAUUCAUUAUUGUAUUGCUGCGUAUUCUACUGUAUUGUACAGGAUUGUAUCAUAAUGUACCCUAUCAUAAAGUAUCAUGUUGUAUCAUAUAGGGCUGGGCGAUAUGGCCGCAAAUCAAUAUCACAAUAUAUUGAGCAGGUCACCUCAAUAACGGUAAAUGGACGAUAACUACUCCACAAUCUGCUCACCCCCUCCCAAAUUAACUUCGCCUGCUUCAUCCGCUGCUCCAGCUGCUACAACUUUUGAACCGUCCUUCAUCUCCUCACCUGUCUUCCCCUCUGUGUUAUGGACUGGAUGGGGUGGAGUCAUGUCUCUGACGUAGGACAGCGUCUUAAAGGGACAUGAGACCAUAGCCUACCUACACACAUCCAAAACCAACUUUUAUUGAUUUAUUUUUUUGACACCAAAUAUUCUGAUAUGGGCAAAACGACCUUUGUUAUUGUUGUAAAUUUCGGUAUUUGUAAAUUUUCGGUUUAUCGCCCAGCCCUAGUAUCGUAUCAUAUCCUAUUUCGUAUUGUAUACUACCCUACCAGAUCUUACUGUGUCAUUUGGAUCAGUUGGUAUCGUAUUGUAUUGUAACCCAGCAUAUCGUAUCAUAUUCUACCAAAAUGUAUGAUAUCAUAUCCUAUUCUAUUCUAUUUCCUAUCCUACUCUACUGUAUCAUACAGUAUUGCAUUGUAUGGUAUGGUAUAGUAUUGACAUUUAAUCAAUAGGUCUAGAUGUAUUGCAUUUUCCUUCCUUUUUUUGGUUCUAGAUUUAUAUGUCUUUGAUCCAGUGAUAUUACUCUAGGCUGGAUGGUCUUUACUCUGUUUGUCAUGGACAUAACUGAGAUGAACAAGCCAAACCACGAAAUAGAAUGCUGGCUCAUGUUGCACAAUGCACAUGUCCAGUGAUAUCUAUAGCCUCACAUUUCAACUGCUAAUAACUUUCCAUUGUGUCCAUGUUUUUUGGAGUAAACAGGACAUUCUGCUGUGUAUUUCCUAUUUAUUUCACACAAUCUUGGAGGGUUUUCCCCUCGGCAUACACAGCCGUGAAAUGAAUCACUGCCAGCUUUGUUGUCCUUUCAGAGGGAGCUGCUGGCAGAUCAGCGGGCACAGUGGCAGAAGAUCCUCCCCCAGGCCUUUAGGGAGAGCAAGAUGAUCCUGACUAAGACCCACAUCAGGAACUACAAGCUUAACCUUUAUCCUUACCUCUGUCUGCUGGAGGACUGGGAGUAUGUUGACAUAAUGAUACAGGUAAUACAAAACAUCUGAGUCAGCUACUGCUCGAGGAAACACUGAGAGACCAUGAUUUAAUAAAGACUUUUCAGUGACUUUGACAAACAGAUUUGACUGACAGCAUUUUUACUAAGACAUUACAAGACAUGUGCAGUGAUGUCACUCUUCUGCUACUUAGUAUUCAAGGCGCUGUUGUUGUUUUGCAACACAACCCAGCCAAUCUUGACAAACCACAACACACACAUCAAGCAGCUGACAGUGACAGUAGCUGCAAGAGAAAAUCAGGUUUUUUGUCUUUGGCAGCAAAGAAAAUCAUACUUUGAUCAGAUAUCUCAUGAACCCAGCACAGACAAAUAUACAGGAUGUGAUGUUAACUCUGAGGAGACCUUUCUCACUUUGAUUUCCCCUUUGACUGAAGGAUUGCUUUGUAUUAAACUUAAACAGGUCUGCCAAGAGAUCUGCUGUUUGUUACAGAGUGUUCAUUUCUGUCUGAUUGUUUUUGACCCCCUCCAACAAUGUCUUGCUCUCGUCCAGAGUAUCAUGAACAUGCCUUCCAGCGGAGAAUCUCUCAAGAUUUUAGCCAGAGAUCUGGGACACAGGGUCUACACCAAGUAUUCAGUGCGGCAGAAGAACAAAAAUCAGAUUGAGGAGAAGUUGGGCAACAUUUACAGCGAAUACACAGACCUCCUGGCCAAAGAUAGCAAGGUACUGGGAUCAUCAUCAACUCUGGUACCUUUUUAUGUUUACUGUAAGGUGCAUCUAUGUCCUUGUUAAUGUAGCAUUUUUUUAUAUUCUAGAGAUUUUAACGAUGGAUUUCUUCAUUUUGUCCUCAGAGUCUGUAUCGCUUGCUCCGUGUUCAGAUCUAUUUUUAAAUGGAUCUAUGCAAAUGUCAUCAAGACUAUAAUGAGCAAGAGCUCGUUAAACUUUUGUGGCUAGUUAUACUAGAAGUUAGUGAAGGUGCUUGUAUAAUGCUUUUAUUUUACAUGCAGCCCUUUGUAGUGCAACCGAUGCUACGUUUUUUUUUUUUUUUUCUAUUUAUGACACAAAUCAUGCUGCUUUAUACUUGUCAAAGGUUCCAGGAAGAUUCUUAGCUUUAGGUUAUUGAGCUUUCAGUUAAUGUUAAUGCAUCCGUGCAUCUAUACAGUAUCCUCCCUCACUUAGAGCUGAAAUGACCCAUUUAAUGGGAAAAAGGCAGGCAAAGGUAUGUACACACUUACGGAAAGAAGCUUAGUAUAAUGGGAUCUAUCUUUUUCCAGACAGAAGUGGAGUAUUGUCCAGCUUGUGUCCAAGGAUUAGUGUAUUGCCCAUGUCAUCAUGCUAUAGAAAAAAAAAGAGUUUUCACAUCUUCUUGGUACAAUUUGUUUGUAUGUGUGCAUGUUAUUUUUAUACAUGGUCAUACUGCAACAUCUUAAAAAAAAAUACAAGCUGCCAUCCUAGGUCUUUGUAGUUUAUUUUAGGAAUGUCCAAACAUUGGUUUUGCUUGCAGAGUUCACACCUCAAUAAAUAUAAAUAGUUACAGAUACAGCCCCAAAACAGUAGCCUUAUGUUCUCAUGACAGUGCCAGUUUGACAAGCUCACUGGAUCCCAAUUUCAAAAUCGGGACCUUAAAGUUUCUAUCACACGUUGAUAUUCCUUCCAUAAUAUGUAACUUAUUGUAAAGAUGAUUCAUCGCUUUUGUGUUUUUCAUAAAAUAUGUGAAAAAUAUAAUUCCAGCCUUGUUUCUUCUUCUCCUCGCAGGCCGCUGCUCUCCUUCCUAGGGAACAGUGGUGUAAGAUUGAAAUGGAGCAGAGUUCAGGGCCCACACUGCAAGGUGGGGAGUCCAAUUGGCCGUACACUGUAACUCUGGAGCUGGGCACAUUCAUGGUGGAUUUGAUGGUCAAGAACCUCAAAAUCAACAGCGACAUCCUGGACCCCACUCAUGAGAGGAAGCUUAUCCCCAUUCUCUACCACAUGUACACUUUCCGCAGCACACGGCAGGUACAGUAUGCUCAGAUGCUAAAGGGCUCACUUCCUCUGCUCCAUAGGGAUUAGAAGAAGUUGCUUCCCUGCAGUUAGUAUUUGUUAUGUGAAGGCCUGAUAACAGGAUUCCUGAGCAUUAACCAAGAACAAAAGAAGUCCUUUCAACCUCAUUUCUGUGGAAAAAUGAACAGAUCAGGAGUGAUCUCCUUGCAAAUAGAGUAAUUAUGAAUUUAAACAAGGGAAGGAUCUAUUUAUUAUGAAAAAUCUUAAUUAAAUAUCACAACUUAUUGACUUUUUGAAAUGACUCUCAGUUGUCUAUUUAAAGCUUGACUAAGUUGGGGUUUAAGCCAUUUUGCAGAGUUGACAUUUUCAUCAUCGUGGAAAGAGCUUUUGUAGAGCCGAAACAACGGUAAUAAAAGUUGACCUUCACUCUGGACAAGUAGACUGUCUGUCACUCCAAAGCCUAUUACCUGGUACUCUUGUGUGGCUGCCUAUCCAGUCUGAGGCUCCAAAGAGUGUGAAUUAUAAAAGCCAUUUCCCCCUUGUGUGAAUUGGCAGAGGGAAUAGUUGAGUACGAUGAAUAGGUUCCAGGCUAAUCCCUUUUUUAGUGUCCCUUUAAUUGGCUCGCUGAUUUACUGCUGUGGUACCCUGCAGGAGGUUCAGCCGAUCGUGUCAAGGGUGAGAGGCAGAAAAAAAAAGGAAGACGAAGAGAAUUAUGGAUUUUAGGAUUUCUUGCACUUAAGCAAUUGGCUGUGCUGCUGCAGAAUUUUAUUCUGGUGUUUUUCUUACAUAUCCGUCUCCAUCUACUUAUUUUGCUCCUUUCCACCCUCCCCCCUUUUUUUUAUAUCUUUGAGGUAAGCCCAUCAGGGAGCAUCCUAAUGAUUUUUCAGCACAGCAUGAGAGCUUGACUCAUGUAAGCAACGCCUAGAUGUUUUUAUUUUACUGUCAGCUCACUGUUUUGUUUCCUGUGGUCUUGUUUCAAUUCAGCAAGUCCUUAGUAGGACUAAAAACAAGGUCACUGUAUUUCUUUGUUUGUAAAACCAACAAAGAAAAGUCGUCCCUGAUACACAACCCUGCUGUAAUUAUAUGAAAUAAACAAACAAAAAACGAACAAACAGCCGCAUUCCUGUGCUGGUUACAGUUUGCUCUGGCUAAGUGUCUGAUUUAACCUGACACAGCCUAGAUACACCUUCAUUUUUUAGAUUAAAAUACUCCCAUCUGUCACCUCUGCUGAUUUACAUAUGGAUAGUAGAGCAUUGUAACACCCUAGCAGCAGCCGUUAACCAGAGCUACAAUCCUCAGUAGUAGUGGGUGGUGGAACAUAUUAUUGGAAUUUUAGUCCUACAAUGUAAAUCAUUACCACUGUUAUUUAUUUAAAGCUCCUGUGACGAACUUUCAGCGCCUCCUCCGUACAGAGUAGUUCUGCUUAAGUAUGUGUAGGUCCGUCUUUCUUACAAAACAUCUUACCCUACAUUAUUUUAUCACAAAAUUAAAUCACUGACCAUGACUAUCAGCUAGGGCUGGGAUAUGGCCUCAAAUCAAUAUCACGAUAUAUUGAGCAGUUCACCUCGAUAACGAUAAAUGGACGAUAACUACUCCACAAGCUGCUCACCCCCUCCCACAUUUACAUCGUCUACUUCAGCCGUCGCUCCAGCUGCUACAACUUUUGAACCGUCCUCCAUCUCCUCACCUGUCUUUCCCUCUUUGUUACGGACUGGAUGGGGUCACAUCUUAAAGGGACAUGAGACCAUAGCCUACCUACACACAUCCAAAAACCAACUUUUGAUUUAUUUUUUUGACACCAUUCUGAUAUGGGCAAAAUGACGUUGGAUAUUGUGGUAAAUUUCGGUAUCUGUAAAUUUUUGGUUUCCCCCAGCCCUAGUAUUGUAUCAUAUCCCAUUCUGUAUUGUAUACAUUCCUACGAGAUUGUACUGAAUCAUUUGGAUCAGUUCGUAUUGUAUUGUAUUGUAUCGUAUCGUGUGGUAUUGUAACCCAGCAUAUCGUAUCGUAUCACCGUAUUGUUUCUUACUGUAUUGUAUCAUAGUGUACCACGAUGUAUCUUAUCAAAUCCUAUCCUAUUCUAUUUUGUAUCCUGCCCUACUGUAUCAUACAGUAUAGCAUUGUAUGGCAUGUAAGGGUGGAGUCCCGUCUCUGACAUAGGACAGCGUCUUAAAGGGACAUGAGACCAUAGCCUACCUACACACACCCAAAACCAACUUUUAUUUAUUUAUUUUUUUGACACUGAAUAUAUUGACAUGGGCAAAAUAAUGUUGGUUAUUGUUGUAAAUUUUGGUACCUGUAAAUUUUCGGUUUAACGCCCAGCCCUACUAUCAGCAAUAGGAAAUUUAAGAAUAGGCUGUUUAGGUUGUAUACUGGUCAUUAACUGGGCUGUCACCCCCCCGUCAGCAUUUUUUAGGCAUUUAAAAUAACUGUUGAGAAAUAAUCAAACUUGUUGCUGAUGGUCUUGUUGACUUUUGAAGGUCAUACAGAGACAUCAGUACUACUUUGAUUUUGAUUAGAUAAAACUCCUCAUGGGAGCUUUAACCAGCCAUUUAACCAUAUUAAAUUUGCAUUUUGUCGCUUUGCCACAGUCUGGUCAUUGUAUGUUGGUGUAUAAUCUUUGCAUUUGGAGUUUCAGCUUCUAAUUUGAUGUCCUUGUCAUGUUUUGUCUUCCAGGUUGGCUUCAUAAAACUCCACCCCAUCCUGAGUCAGAUGCUGCAGGAGGCCAUGGAAACCAAGCUGACCUUUGAUUCCUAUGUGAUGCCGAUGCUUUGUCCUCCCAUUCCCUGGACUUCUACCAAAUUUGGAGCAUACCUGCUGACACCUACCAAGCUGAUGCGCACGAUAGAUGGGGCCACACAACAUGAGUUGUUGUUAGACAAAUGCCAGAACCUCCAUGCAGUCCUUGACUCUCUUAACCAGCUUGGCAACUGUGCAUGGAGGAUCAACAAACCUUUGCUGGAUAUAAUCAUCUCCAUCUUUAACGACAAGGGUAGCGAAAAGCUUGACAUUCCUCCUCCUCCGUCAGAAGCCCCCAAAAUCCCAUACUUCAACCCUCAUGAUCCCUCUUAUGCUGCAUCUGAGAAAGCCUUGAUGAAGAGAGAGGUGAUGAAAGCCAAAAAGAAGAGCAGUGAGAUGCACAGCAUGCGUAUGGACGCUCUCUAUAAACUCUCCAUUGCCAACUACAUGAGGGAUGAGAUUUUUUGGUUUCCACACAAUAUGGAUUUCAGAGGACGUACCUACCCUUGUCCCCCGUACUUAAAUCACCUGGGAAGUGAUGUCACGCGAGCUAUCCUUGUGUUCGCAGAGGGAAAAAAGCUUGGUCCCAGAGGGCUGGACUGGCUAAAGAUUCACUUAGUGAAUCUUACAGGACUGAAGAAGAAAAGCUCAUUACAGGGGCGGCUUGAAUACGCCAACACUAUCAUGGAGGACAUACUUGACUCCGCUGACAACCCGCUUGAAGUCAGUAUAUAUUCAUUCUUCUUACUUGAUCAUUGAUAGUUUAGUCCAGCCAGCUAUAUGCAGUUUAACAAAGCAUUUAUUUUUUGCUAGAAUUACUUUAUAUUGAAUAGACACACAAAAAAAAAAAAAAAACAUUUUGCAGAUAUACAACUUUUUAAUUUUUGAUCUAUGCAACUUAUAGCAUGACCAUUUUGUUUCUGACUGUAAGAACGGCCAAUUUUAAAGGGAAUAUAGAUAUCUGGCCAAACGAUGGCUGAAGAUACUUUCAGGCCAGUGUGUCUGUGUUCAAGAGAAUGUGUUGUGUUUGUCUCUCUCUCUCAGGGUAAGAAGUGGUGGAUGAAUGCAGACGAGCCAUGGCAGGCUUUGUCCUGCUGCAUGGAGAUAGCCAAUGCUGCGAGAUCCCCCGACCCAACAGAGUUCGUCUCUCAUUUCCCUGUUCAUCAGGUACCAUAAAGACACCUGGAGAGGGAUUUAUCCAUUGUGCUGUAAUCUGCUUGAUCUUUUAUCUGUUUAUUUUUGAAGCAUUUAAAAAUGUGAAGCUAAACUGUUGUCUGACAUGUAAUAAGACCAAUUGAACAGAUUUGCUCAUCUGUAAAAUAAGAACUAUAUGAUAUAUAAUAGUUCCAGUUUACAGCUUUCAAAAAAAGUUUGCCACUCACUGAUUUUUAUAUCCAGCUACUUAACAGAGCACAUACUAAAAUUAAUCAGCCAAGGCCUCCCAGCCGUCUGGAGCCGUUUUAUGUUAUUUCCCAUAAACGUGUGGCUAUAAUCUUAUUGACCAGCCCACUCUUCUAAUUGUUGUCAUUUUACCCUGGAAACAGAUGAACCCUCUUGGACUGUGUCAGGGUUGAUUAUGAGGACACUAUGAAGCUCACUAACUCUGCAGCCAUAUGUCAAGAAUUCAAUAUCAGGUUUAGUUUUUAGUAGUUUAGUAUUUGGAGCAUGUAGAGUACUAACAGAUCCGUUUUAUGUCCUGGAGAAAGGCUGUGGAAAACUUUAAAAGUAAUCAGUUAAAUCUUAGAAAUAGUCCUCAAAGAUACAGGAAGCCAGUGUGGGGAAGCCAAAACAGGAGUGAUGCACCAUGUUUUGUAAUUUGAAGAUAAUCAGAAGUCAGUUUUCCAAUGGGAUUUUGUUUUUAAGUGAAUAGUUUGACGCCAAAUCUUAGUCUGUUUUAUUCUGUUACCUUUGCCUUACUCUACGUUGUCCUCUCUACUUCUGUGUCAAUCUCUCUCAUGCUCUUCCUGUUUGUCUCUCACUUCUUUUGUAUCUUUGUUUCUCCCCACCUCCUCUCAGGACGGCUCCUGUAAUGGUCUCCAGCACUACGCAGCUCUAGGCAGAGAUGUUAUUGGUGCCACAUCGGUCAACCUGGUGCCCUGUGACGUGCCCCAGGAUGUGUACAGCGGAGUCGCACAGCAGGUCAGCACCAGCAGGGGGUCUUUAGUUUGCAAUGUUUUGUUCUCUUGUAGGAAUAGCAGCUCAACCAAAGUGGAUUGUGUUUGUGUUCAGUUUCUUGGCAGUUCCUCAGCUGUGAAUAACCAUGAAAGUGUCAAACCACGCUUGUACUUGAGGUUUGAAUUUGAAAAGGCUUAGGUUUUUAGCUGUAGCAUUGAAGUCAGUUAAUUGCCUGUCAUAUCAAAGGCUCAGAGAGCAAGUGUGCAGACAAUCUAUCAAACGAGACAGCGUACUGUGAAACCGAAUAUUUUAAAGCAAUGGAAAGCUUAUUGUGGCACUGACGUUUCAGUACUCACCAUUGUGUGCUGCUGAAAAAUGGCUGCCCCCGAAAGUGUAUUGUGGCGUUAUCAAUGAGCUUUUAGAGGCUGACAGAAAGUGGAGUGCCGUUUCCUGCAGGAGACCGUCUCGGUGUUUUAUUUUUACCUCAGAGCUGUAACGUUAUUGUCACAGGAUACUGUAGAUUCUAUCAAAGCCUGUGUAAUAGACCACAUUUACAGUGCUGCCAUGUUCUCCCUGGCGUCACAGCCAGAGUUAAAAGCUCAAAUGCUCUUUUAAUGUUUGUACUGAUGUGUUUACGGUUUAAAGCUGUGCCCUGCUUCCACAUUGAUCAGCAGCUAAAAAAAAAACAUUUGGUGAAAAUCUCAAGGGGCUAUAUUUCAAAUAAAAUCUGUAAAUUUUACAGCUCCAGGGCUACUUUAGGCAAGUGCAAAUGUCAGCGUGCAGUCAUUUCUCAACUAACUCACCAUUCAGAACUGUGAGCUAGAACCCUUUCCUAUUGAAUUGUUUAACACUGAGAGUCUGCUUUUCUAUCGUUGAGGAAACAUCAGCAAGGAAAUGGCAGAAUACUAACAUCAGUGAGAUAACAGCUAUUGGGUUUCCAAUAAUGUAGUUAGAACUUGAAAUACAGCGUUGUCUACCAUACCUUGGAGUACCACAGUUUGUUGCUCCAGUGGUUGAUCAGUAUUACAUAUUUGACAGCUUUUAAGUUGAAGCAUAGUUUUUAAAACCUCAAUCAGUGUUCUUUCUUUUAAGUUCAAUGCCAGAAUUUGCUGUUUGUUAUCAGAUAUUUUUAAUAAAUCAUUUAAAUUUCAUUGGUUUCUUUGGGGCUCAUGCCAUACUGUAAAAUUUUAUGUAUAAACAUUUUUUCAUUUCUGAAUUACCCAUGUGCCUACCUUUACUUUAAGAUUCAGGCGGUUAAACAUCAGAGACAGGGAUUGUGGGCUGUGUCCGAAAUGAAUCACUCAAUCCCUAACCCCUAACCCCCAUAUGGGGUUUCACUAUAUAGUUGACUAUGUAGUGAACUCAAUUACUGGAGGUUUCAGACACUACAUGGCAUGACAUAAUGCAUGACAGGAUGCCCACCACCAGUGAGUGACCAUCGGAUGGUCACUACAUUUUGCAAUGCCUUAUGGGAAAUUUUGAGUCGCCUAUAUGGAAUUGAUUACUCAGGUUUCGGACACCCUUCGAAAUGGCGCUAACCUCCAUAUAGUCACCUAUAUAGGAGUUAGGGAUCCAUUUCGGACACAGACGUAGAGUCACCAAGUCAUCUCCAUGUCAUGUAUUUGUUCUGCUCUGUCACUGAACCAGCUGCUUCCAAUGAGCAGCCAGGAAGGUGAGCUCAUUAGUGAAGGCACCUGGUGCAGUAACUGAGCAGAACAAAUACACACGUGGACAAAAUUGUUGGUACCCCUCAGUUAAAGAAGGAAAAACCCACAAUUCUCACUGAAAUCACUUGAAACCUACAAAAGUAACAAUAAAUAAAAAUUUAUUGAAAAUUAAAUAAUCAAAAUCAGCCAUUACGUUUGAAAUGUUGAUUAACAUAAUUAUUUAAAAAAAACAAACUAAUGAAAUAGGGCUGGACAAAAAUGAUGGUACCUCUAUAAAAGAUUGAAAACUAUUUGACCAGAGUGACAUGAUUAACUCAGGUGUGUCCUUUAAUUGACAUCACAGGUGUUUCCAAACUCAUAAUCAGUCAGUCUGCCUAUUUAAAGGGAGACAAGUAGUCACUCUGCUGUUUGGUGAAAAGGUGUGUACCACACUGAACAUGGACAACAGAAAGCGAAGGAGAGAAUUGUCCCAGGACAUCCGAAAAAAAAUUAUAGACAAACAUCUUAAAGGUGCAGGCUAUAAGACCAUCUCUAAACAGCUUGAAGUUCCUGUGACAACAGUGGCUCAUAUUAUUUAGAAGUUCAAGACCCACGGGACAGUAGCCAACCUCCCUGGACGUGGCCGCAAGAGGAAAAUUGAUGACAGAUUGAAGAGACAGAUCGUUCGAAUUGUAUCCAAAGAGCCCAGGACAACCUCCAAAGAAAUUAAAGGUGAACUCCAAGGCCAAGGUACAUCAGUGUCAGAUCGCACCAUUCGUCGUUGUUUGAGCCAAAGUGGACUUCAUGGGAGACGACCAAGGAGGACACCACUGCUGAAAAAAAAUCAUAAAAAAGCGAGACUGGAAUUUGCAAAAAUGCAUGUUGACAAGCCACAAAGCUUCUGAGAGAAUGUCCUCUGGACAGAUGAGACCAAACUGGAGCUUUUUGGUAAGGCACAUCAACUCUAUGUUCAUAGACUCAAAAACCAAGCAUACGAAGAAAAGAACACUGUCCCUACGGUGAAACAUGGAGGAGGCUCAGCAAUGUUUUGGGGCUGCUUUGCUGCAUCUGGCACAGGGUGUCUUGAAUGUGUGCAAGGUAAAAUGAAAUCUGACGACUAUCAAGGCAUUCUGGAGAGAAAUGUGCUGCCUAGUGUCAGAAAGCUUGGUCUCAGUCGCAGGUCAUGGGUCUUCCAACAGGACAACGAUCCAAAACACACAGCCAAAAACACCCAAGAAUGGCUGAGAGAAAAGCGUUGGACUAUUCUAAAGUGGCCUUCCAUGAGCCCAGAUCUGAAUCCCAUUGAACAUCUGUGGAAGGAGCUGAAACAUGCCAUUUGGAGAAGACACCCAUCAAACCUGAGACAACUGGAGCAGUUUGCUCAUGAGGAGUGGGCCAAAAUACCUGUUGACAGCUGCAAAACGCUCAUUGACAAAUACAGAAAUCGUUUAAUUGCAGUGAUUGCCUCAAAAGGUUGUGCAACAAAAUAUUAAGUUAUGGAUACCAUCAUUUUUGUCCAGCCCUAUUUCAUUAGUUUGUUUUUUUUAAAUAAUUAUGUUAAUCAACAAUUCAAAAGUAAUGGCUGAUUUUGAUUAUUUAAUUUUCAAUAAAUUUUUAUUUAUUGUUACUUUUGUAGGUUUCAAGUGAUUUCAGUGAGAAUUGUGGGUUUUUCCUUCUUUAACCGAGGGGUACCAACAAUUUUGUCCACGUGUGUACAUGGCAUGGAGAUGACUUGGUGACUCCACAUUUCCCAUCUCUGUUAAACAUACUCAAAAAGUGAUGCAAACAAAACACCAAAAAAUAAAAAAAUAACCCAUAAAUAUAUACUGUAUAUUUUUGACAUCAUCAGAGAGGUUAUCGUUUGGUACAUAUUUGGUACACAAAUCAAUAUCAAGCUAAAAUGUCGGAUGCCUAACCAAACAUGGGCAGAGUUUCAAAAUGUGAGGUAAACAUAUCGGUGUAAUCCCAGGAUGAGAUCCAGUUUGCUCUGAAGUGCUUGUACAGAAAGCUGAGAUGUGAAAUGGUGAAUCUUCUUAAAUAGUUAUGAUAAAUGCAAUCACUUAGAUUUUGGGUCCAAAAUGUGUUUUUAAUUCCAUAAUUUGACGUUUUCAGUAGAGAAAUAGACUUAGAGGCAAGGCAACAGUGGAGGAGGUUUCCAGAAAGCUGAGUUCCAGGGGCUGCCAGGGGAUCCUCAAAGAGGUGGUAGCUAGAGUGAAAAGUUUCAGACAGAGUUUUCAAAGAAACCAGCCUGAGUUACUUCGAUACUUGGUAUAAAAGACUUCAUGUGUUCAGGUGGAGGAGUUACGAGGACGGGAUGCACAGCAAGGACUGAAGAUCGCCCAGGUCCUGGAAGGCUUCAUCAACAGGAAGGUGGUCAAACAGACUGUGAUGACUGUGGUGUACGGGGUCACUCGCUACGGGGGACGCCUACAGAUCGAGAAAAGACUGAAAGAGAUUGAUGAGUUCCCUAAGGUACAGUAGUAGUGGAGGUCGGGGAUAGGCAGGGGCUUCCCUCAUACAGCAUACUGUUUUAUUUUUAGUGUUGUAUCAGAGUGGUAUGAUAAAGUGUCUUUCCAGUGCAGGAUCUCCUCUAUAAGCAGCUCCUCUUACACCUCCCCCUAAGGCUGUGCAUUCUCACAGACACAUUAAUCAUGGACAAACUAGUCAUGAAGCGCAAGGUCUUCUACAGUAAUGUCUAUUCUCAUUCUGUUGUAUGCAUCAAGACAUUUAUCACAAUGCUGGGACUGACUGCCUAAUUUUUUUGCAGUUUGUUGUACACUUAAUGGGAUUAUAGCAACCUUGACUUUAAGAGUUUGAAUACCUGAAAGUGAGAAACAUCGAGUUAGAACAAAAGCUUUGACAUUAAUUUUAGUCCAAGUUAUCUCACUGCAGAGAAAUAUUAGAUUGCAUUGUUAUAUGAGGAAGGCCGGGAGGGUUAUCCAACAAUAGAUGGAGUUUGUAUCCAGUGUACAGUCAUUAUGAAUCUAUUUUUAGCUCAAAACUGUUGCACUCAGACUUGGUUGGACAUAAGUGGUUGUUUGAUAGGCACACCCAUUCUGUUGAAUAGCAUGCAAUCUUCACACAGUAGUGCUUAUUAUCUACCAAACAGUAGUAUAGUUCCUUACAAUAGUUGGACUUAAUCUCAUUGUCCGUAUAGAUCAGCUACUUCAGUAUCCAUCUCACUGCCAAAAGACUGCUAAAUGACUUCUGUAUAAUGUCCCUAAUUGUUUAAACAGGGAAUGAGGAGGAAGUCUAAUUGUGAGCGAUUACAGGGGGAUGGAUGAGCAAUAAGAUGGCCUUCAGCGGGGAGGAUGACAGUAUCACUGUAAUAAGAGAAAAUCAGAGUUUCCAUUCAGGGCUGUGAUUAUAAUCAGUGAUAUUUCUGUUCUGUUUUUAAUCUUUUAAUGAGUAAUUGAUAAAAAUUCUGUGAACUGUUUUUAUUUAAAAUUGGAGUGAGUGAAAAAAAGAUUUGUGUGACAGUGUAACUGGACAUGAAAAGGAUUGUGAUUUAUAUUUCUAGGAGCAUGUUUGGGAUGCGUCUCACUACCUGGUGCGUCUGGUGUUCAGCGGUUUGAAAGAGAUGUUCACAGGAACCAGAGAGAUUCAGGUGAGUUCAUUUUAUCUUUACAAAGUCAAAUAGUUACAACUGUGUCUUUCAACAAACAUCUCCCACCCCUGAUCAUCACUUAUGUUUUCCCGACAAUUAAAAUAAAAGAGGGGGUGGAGAUUGAGACUUAACAACCGGUAGAUACAACACAAAUAAUGGUAACUUAAAACCUGUAUUCUUUGUUGUUUCCUCUUGAUUUUAAAUGUAUAUAUUACAAGAACUGUAAAAAUCUGCAAUUUUGGGGGCUAAAUUAAGUACAAUGUUUCGUUACGUAAACAAAUGUUGAUGCUUGAAAUUUGCAUUGUAAUGAGUAUGCAAUGUUUGACUGAUAAUAACAUAGGAUAAUGUAUCUCCACCCCUUCCCACUGUACAAGUAAAGCCAUGAUCACUGUAAGUCCACUGUUACAUUUGUCAUCAUGACUGUCUAUCAUGUCAAUAUACCCCCCUCUUUUUAGCAUCAAAUACCUAAUCAAGAUGAUUAUAAACAGAAAAAUUAACACCUGGAUAUAUAGCAACAUAAUCCAAACUAGUUAUAAUGGUUGAAACCAUGUUUCAAACUUGUAUUUAACAUACGAUUUGAUUUUUAAACUUGGUUAAAACGGAGGAAGUCACCUUGAUAACUGUAAAUGCCAGUCAAUAGACAGAGCUUCAAAUGUUCUGGGCUCACUUCUAGGGAGCUGUGUUGUGUUUCAUCUUUCUAUGUAAAUAAAAUAUACAAAUCUCUUUCCUCCUACUUGUCCAAUCUAUCAGAAUAUAUGUACUACUUAAGAAAUAUUUUAUUAUCCCUGAAGUCAGACAUGCUGAGGGAAUUUUCUAGUUUUUAUUUGAAAAAUGGGUCUUGAAAACAAUUUACCAUAAACUUUAAUUCGUUGAACCUCAAUGUAGCAAAUAUAAGGGAUACCAUUGUUAUAUAUUUAAAAGGAAAAAAUAAAUAAAAUGUGCUUAAUAGUGAACAGGGGAGACUUAUUUACUCCAAUUUUAGAGGACUGACCCACUACUGCCUACUAGAAUGUAUUUCUUUACCUUUUUUUCUAAACGAAUGCCUAGUUUACCUCCCUAUUACCCCAGCAAUAGCACCCAUUAAUCACAUAGACUCCAUUUAUAGAUCUAGGCUGUGAAGCUGGCGGUGAGAUUGUACAUUAUCUCUAUAGGCAGACAGGAGUCUGGUGAGCAAAUAGAAACACAUGCUUGCGGGAGCGUGUCCUCCUGGCCACGUAUGGGGACAACCCACUCGGAAAUGAAAUAUCUCCCGCCUAUCGUACCUUUGGGCUGACCCGGUGCGCUUGUGCAUGCUUGUGUGCCUGUGUGUGCGCCGGUGCCCUUUUAAAUAGGUCACGUCCUCUCACACUUGGCAGCAGUGAGUUGAAGUAUGAUUGAGGGAGAGGGACCUGAUCAAUCUAUGAUGCUGUCAUCCCUGACCUCUCUGCAUUCUCUAUAUACGCUCUAUAUUCGCUAUAUGUUUCUGUUAUUCUUUCUCCGUCUGCCUCUUAUCAAUCUAUUGAUUCAUCAGUCACUCUCUCCGGCUAUCUUCCUAGUUAAUCUCUCACUCCUCUCUCUUUGCUUUCUUGCUAUCUUCAUUUUAUUGUACCUGGAAAAAGCAAAGCAGGUGAUGAUAAAUGGAGCAGCUCUGGGCCAGACUGCUACUUUGAGUUGCCGGGACAUAUUUGUCUUUCCUACAGUUCUCUGUGUGCCCGCAUGUGCGAGGAGGCUCUGGUGGGACUUUAACAGGCCCCUUCUAUUCUCGGAGAUAAACUGUGCCAGACACUUAUGCAAACAUCACUGUUGCACUUGCAGUUUUUAGAGUAAGCAACAACUCCUCACCUGUUCCCAAAGCAAAUUUGCAACAAUUGUUUUCCAGCAGACCUACAUGUGGAGAUCAUCUUUUGAUGCUUGGAAGGAAAAAGUUUCUAUUCAUGAACUUGUUUCCAAAGGCAUCAAACUUUAUCACCUGAUUGUCUAAACUCACUUGGUUGCUGUUUUCAUGCACAUUAAAAACUCAAUGAAGGCACUCUUGAUUGUUGAAGGGAUUUGAUAUGUUUCUGAGUAUACGCCUCUGUCCUGUGCGUGCCCUCACUUCGCCUUCUCUGGCCUUUGUCUGUUGCAGGAUUGGCUGACAGAGAGCGCCAGGCUCAUCUCCAAGUCUGGCCACACCGUGGAGUGGGUGACGCCUCUGGGUUUACCCAUCAUCCAGCCUUACCAUCGCACCCGCAGCCAAAUAGUAAGUCUUAUCUUUAAGUUGCUGAAGGUGAAGUUGUGCAGGAUUAACUUUUAUGAUCAGCGAAUACACUGCAAAGCUUUCAGAUGUGCACUAUUUCCACAACUGUACGGAGAUUGACCAUGCUAAUGCAAAGGGCCUCCUCCGCUCUUGAUCACCUCAUUUUAAUGCAGCUGUUGACUGACAGCUCAGACAAUAGCCAGCCUGUCUUCAUUUUCCUGUAUUUCAGAAAUUCAGCUGCUGACCUUUCCAAAGUUCUCCUCAUGUACCUUUACCUGUUUGUCUCGCUCCUCUCCACUCUUUGUUUCAACCUUCACAGACUUCUCAAUACCUCCACAACAACUGACCUUUUCAUAGCAACCACUGUCCACAUUCUGAACUCACGUAGCCGUACGGGUGUACAGAGCUCAUCAAUCUCUUUCAAUACUCUGACUAACAAUGGAACGCCCUAUUUCUGUCCACUAUUCAGAACAAGUGAAGUUUCACAACUGACCACUGAUUGUAGGAGAAACAUCUUGGAGUCCAUUGGCAUGUUGGAAAUGCCGUAAUGCUUUAACAUUGAGUUCUAUGGGGAUCCCUUGGCUUUCAAGGCCUUCCUUAAGUGGACAUUUGAGAAUCUGCCUCAGUGGCAAAAUUGUUCAGCACAGGAGGUUGAUGCUUGGCAUUAACACAGAGAGAGAAGAACAUCAAAACUCUCUCACAAUGGCUUUCAACUGAGAACAGGUUAUGAAUCUGGUGAAACUUGGUCUUUUUGUCCAAGCUGCUGUCCUCAAACAGCCAGCCUACAGUUUGUUCUUCACUUUAUGUGGUCUGCCAAGGCUACACAGGCAUUUGCCUGAAAGAGGGGUACUGCCAGUGUGCAUGAACGCCAUCUUUGAACCAAUAGAUUAUUGACAGUGCUCCCCUUCAACUCAGAUUUGGACAUGGAUGUAAUGAGUGAACUUGUGAUUUUCUAGAUUUUGGUUCUGGGCUAAGUAUGCAAACAAGCAUCCUUCAAGCUAGAGCUGGGUGAUAAAACAAUAACAAUGUACUAUAUCAAAAAUUAAUUUCCCUCAAUAUCAAUAUAAAACAUGGUCAAUAUGCAUUUCGAUAGUCGGCAUUCUGCAAUUGUUUUGCUAGACUAUACGAAGAGCCAGUGAAAAAGGGAGUUGCUCGGGGUCCGCUUCAGGCUGAACCAAUCGUGCUAAUUUAAUAUCAAGUAGCAAACAAUUGCGUAAUAGCAGACUGCAGCUACACGCAACUGUAGCACUUUAACAGGUGAAGCCAACAGCACUGUCAGUGAGAAAAAAAAGUAUAUGUAUAAUGUGAUAAACUUUUUCCCAUAUUGCCCAGCCCUAAAUGAGUGAACUUGUUAUUCUCUAGAUUCUGGCUAAGUUUGCAAACAAGCAUCCUUCAAGCUUUCGUGCUGCCUUUGCUGCGAGUGGAAUCCUUCAGCUGGUCUUUCCAAGUCUCAAUGGGUAUUUGGUGUAGGACUGCACCACUGAUGGUGUAAUGUGAUUACUGUGAGAGGCCCAACUCUCCACAUCAUCAUUACAUUUGUCUGUCACUAUGGAGAUUCUGCCAACAACACAACAUUGAGACACGUUGGUGUGCGAGCAUAUCUGCUGAUAAUAUGCGUGAGUGCAAGUGUGCGUGUGUGUGUGUGUGUGGGAAGAAAGGUUCACUUCAUGCCUAUAUAAACAUGUAAUUGUUUAAAAUUAAAAUUUGCCUCGGUCCUUAAGCUCUUAAAAGGAGACAGACGCCUAGCAUAAGCCCAGCACAGGCAGACAUCCUGCUCAUAGGCUAGAGCUGCAUGACGCCUGCUCUUUUAGAGUGACAUCAAGCAGAGGGUUGGCUCACUGGGGCAGCGACACCUCACAAGCGGGUGCGAGAGGGUGAUGGUGACAGAUGGUUGGUCCCCCGAGGGUGCAUCUUUCUGCUCCUGAAGUAGAGUGUGUUCACUCAGUUCGAUCCGCUUUUUUUUUUUAUGUCCAGCGGGGGCCAGGAAGAUGAUUAGCCUGUGCAAAGGCUGAGAGAUGAAUGAUGAAUGAAUGAAUGUGGGAAUGACCUCAUGGCUGAGUGAGGUAUUAGCUUACAUUUCACAGAUAACUCGCCACAUCCCCUGUUAUAAUUCCCUAAUCCAGUUGCAUCAUUAUGCAACAAAAAUGAAACUUACUCUCUGAAAGGUCACCUUUUCCCUGCAUAGCUGGAUUAAAUUCAAUCUCCCAGUCUCCUCUCAGCCUCUUAGAUCCAAGGCCACACUGUUUCUGGGGGUCAUUAGUAAUUAGACUCCUGAUAGAAGAAGAAGAUGAAGUGCAAUAGACAGUAAGGAAACCAAUAAGGGGGGAAAAAGUAGCUGCAUGCAACACCAUCACAGCUUUAGGAGUGCGUUUAUGUGUGUUUGUGUGUGGGGGGGGGUAUGUGAAAGUUUUCCUUUUUUGUUGGUUGGUUUCAGCAAACGUACAGUGAUGAGUAAUGCCCACCUGUGUUUGUGAGUAGCUUCCAUUGCCGAUGGGAUAUGGGGGAAAUUAAAGUAGGAUAGAGUAGCUGGAUGGAACAUAAACAUACAUCAGAGAGGUUGCUUAACAGGAUUGGGUGAUGCUAAUCGGAUCAGAGGUCACUCUGGCUCAGAUUCCUUGUUUCUUUUUCAUUCCCCACUCCCAAGCAAGGUUACAGUGAAAUCUCACUCUAAGCCGGUGGGGACACAAGGGAGUCAUAUGGAUUUGUGAGUUUAAUAGUGUGACUAAUCGCUUUUGAUCUAAUGCCCUCUAUACAUGAGGAAUCGGUUUGGUUCAGAUUUUGGUGAAAACGUCCUGGGACAGUUAAUCAUUUGAAAUAUUUUAUUGUCAUUUCAGCACAAAUAAUAAAGCACAGUUGCAUGGCAGUAUUCCAAUACAAAUGUAAUCCACUGCCAGAAUUAAUGAAUAGUCAGAUUUGAUAUGUUACUUGCUUUAAGGGUUAAAACCUUUUGUGAAAUAUUAUCCUAUUAAUCACAGUCAAUUUAUGAGAAAAUGGACCCCUUGGUAAUCACUUAAAAGCCCCUCACUCCUCUUUAAGACCCCUCACUGAACGAGGAACAUUUUUUUUGCUUCUCUAUUUCUGACUAUUUUGAAUCUCUUUGUUCCCACUUGGAGCCACGCUGUGGUCAAACUGCAUCAUUUGUUUGUUUUGCAUGUGGGUUUCUUUGUGAUGAACUUCCAGCAUAAACUUGCGGAAAUGAUUUUAUUCAUCCUUUUCUCUGAGAUACAAUUUUUUAUCUAGACAAACUCCCAACAUAAGCCGUGUCUUGUUAGUCUGGGUUUUAUCCACACCAGGAUGGCGUUAGAUGAGCCUGACUCAGGAGCUAUUUGGGGUGGGAGAACAAAUCGUUACAGCAUAGUAUUGUGAUAUUUUGUCUGGUGAUAUAUCGAAUCGUCUCAUUUACCAAGUAUCAAUUUUUCAAAUUAAAUAUUAAUAUGAAGUCAAAUCUAUGAUAAUGGAGAAAAAAAAAAGAACUGUUUGUCCAAUGAGGUUGGCAGAGGUGACGUCAUAGAGCAGGAGUAAGUUAGUCCAACAAAUAUAUAUAAGGUUUGCAAGAUGUGCUACAUGAAAAUAAAAUACAGCGUAAAUAAGACAAAAAUAAAGGAAAGACAAAUGCUAAACUAGCUAAACAGUUGAAAAAUUUUUAUAAAUUGUAAUAUAUCGUAUCGCAAUACUCACGAUAUUAUUGCAAUUUUUAACAUUUUGCAAUACAGUAUCAUGGCCCAAGUAUUGUGGUAAUAUAGUAUCUUGGAGCCACUGGUGAUUCCCACCCCUAGGAGCUAUUUCCCCAGCUCUGUCAUUCAACUCUAGAGAGGUGGGUCACAGUUAUGGAGAACAUAAUGACAAUUUAAUGACAGCCUCCUUCCACCUUGAGUAAAGGGACCCAGCUUCGCCUGAGUCUAAGGGUGCAGUGUGGGCGGGAGUCUCCCUGGUAACUGAGCUGACCACAUGGAGUAAACUGAGGGGUUGGCCAAGCUUUAGCCAAAGCCUGCUAAGAAUUUUAGCCAGCAGGAGCUUAGACUGAAAGUUCACCAUGCUGACAAUGACAUACUGGACAUUCAUGACUUUCCGAGGAUGAACAGGAUGCUUUGACCACCCAGGGGGGGGAGAAUGUCCAGUAUUCCUCCAACUGAAACGAUACUGCCUUCUUGUUGUAUUUGCAGAAUCUCUCCCUGAACGCGGCAGCCCCUCAGUGAUGGGCGAAAGCUUGUUAGUCCAGAUUAUCAGUCCGUUGACAGUGAGACCUCGGCUGCUUCCUCUCAAGCAGGGUGGACAGGUUAAGUCAUCCACUGGGGCAGUAUCCUCUAGGGGCCUAUGUGCCUCUAAAUGGCCUGUUUUCAAGCAGUGGUGUCGGGACCAGAAUGCACCCCCAUGGAGGAUCUGUUGUGGCAGUUUUGAUACUCUUCAGCAGCUCUACAGUAUAUCCCUACCUCUUUCAUGAUUAAGGACUAUUUGGCCUCUGAUGAUCUCUGUACAGAUCAGGGCUGUCAACGGAUAUUCUUUAAUUGCUUGCACAAGUUGGGGGGGGGGUUGCAUUUUGUAGUGUCCUAGGAAUUCUCAAAGAUGUUAAAACUUGUACUAGUUGUACUAGUUUGUCCUCUUGUUGGCAUAAGGCGCAAAUAUAGAUAUUCAAAUGUGUUCCAACCCUUGUGUUAUUUUUAGAAGAAAUAUUCGAACGUCAUUUUGGAGCAAUUUUGACCGCCCUAGUACAGAUGCUUCUAUAGUUUGCAUCUGUGCAUCUGAAGUUCUUGGGGUCUUUGCAGUCAAAGAAAAGUCUGCUUUUCUUUCUCAUUCAGUUCAGAACUAUGUGUCUCUAAAUGUUGGAGAAAUGCCCUCUGUGUCCCCCUCGUGUCUUAGAAUAGAAGUGAGACAUUCCCAGGGGUAGGAUAGGGUUUCGUUGAUCUUACAGAGUCUUAUGGCAUUUUCGGGAUGAAUUAAUAAAUGCAGUUAUAGUUUCAAGGAGAGCCCCAAGUGGUGAAAAAAGAAAGUUGGGUAAAACUGUGAGUUGGGGAAAGGUCAGCCGAAGUGUGGGCAGACUUAGGAGUGCAUGCAUUUAUGAGUCUGCAGCUCUCCUUGUGUGUCUUCAGGGGGGAAAUACAAGGCAGAUGACCUGGAACACAAGAGGAAGAACAUGUGUGAGGUGUAAUUCAACAGUGAGAUCAGACAUGUGUUAUCUAGCACAAAGUGAUGAAUGGGGAAACCCCUCUUGGCAGUAGAGAACUAUAGACAAUAGAUAACAUAUCCAUAAUGAGUCAUGCUGCAACUCUUCAGUGAUUUAGACUACAGGAACCUUUUCCCCAAAGACACACAGCAGGGUCAGUCAAGGUCUCAUUCAUCACAGGCUUGAGCCAGGUCUCGUACACAAAUCAUGCUCUUAUGCAUUAUAAUGAACAGGACUACAGCAUGCAGUAGUGACCUCUUUUACAGUGUGGCAGUCCAUUACUCACAGCAGAGGGAGCUUCCAUUUCUUUCAUCACACACACCUUUGUACACCACAGCUUCCCCUUUGCCUCCCUUUAAACCCCGAUGCUAGGACACCAAGAGGUGAUGUAAAGAUAGGAGUGAUGGACAGAUUCCCCCUCGAGUCCUCCCAGAGCAAUGAUGGAUGAGAUAGCAGACAUGGCAGUAACUAAUGGGGUUUUACUGCACUACACGUCUAUUUUUAAAACCAUUCUUGAUAAUUGUGUGAUUCUGUCAUUCAUCACAGAGCAACCUUCCGUUUCCUUUGGAGUGAAAUAGCCGAACAGAGAAGCUUGCACAACCUCUGAGCCUGCCUUUUAUUUUACAUUUGUCCAUGUAAGCGCCUGUCAUUUUAAACCCUUGUUAGUAUUUUUGACAUAGUCCAACAGGGCCAUUGUUGCCGUCUUCAUAUCCAUAAAGCACUCCUUUUAUUCUGAAGCCAGAAGUACAUGAUAAAGAACAAAAUCUCGCUAUUAUUUCAUGAGUUACCCUGUGAUUCACGGUUUUUUUUUCACACUACCAAAUUUACAAAGUCCUCUUUUAAACAGUGAGGAAGAGACAGGCUGUGUUAACAUUAUAUAGAGAGACACCCCAGAGCCUCUCCAUAGCCACUAAAUAAUGAACAGACAAAUUUUAAAAUACCUAACAGCACCCACGGUACUCAUACAGGUAUUUAAAGAUAAUCCUUUACAGCUGUAAGACUUCUAAAACUCUUCCAACUUAAAGGGAUAUUCCGGCGUAAAUUUAAGUUAGGGUCAAACACACCAUAACACAGACUUAGACACCCCCUCGAGAGAUGAAAAUUGCCGACCACUUGCUUCUCUAGUUAUACCAACUUUAGUAACGACCGCACGAUAGCAAUACACAGAGCAAACCUCAACCAAAAAGCCACUCAUAGCCACAGAUAAUGCUCAGUACAGCAACCUAACUUCAUCAACAGUACAUAUAGCCAUCAAACAUCUUUUUUUAGCUUUGCCUGUUCUGUGCAUUAUUUGUGGCUAUAGAGUGGCUUUUUGGUUGAGGUUUGCACGUGGAGAUGUAGACCACUGUGUAUUCCCAUCGUGCGGUCGUGACUAAAGUUGGUAUAACUAGAAAAGCAAGCAGUCGGCAACAUUCAUCUCUUGAGGGUGUGUCUGAAUCUGUGUUACGGUGUGUUUGACCCUAACUUAAAUUUAUGUGGUAAUAUCCCUUUAAAGCAUUUAGGUAAAUGAUGUCAAAGAAACAGAGUUACAGGAGUUUUGCAUCCAACUUAACUUUUACACACUUAUAAUGUCAGAUUGUAAGUAAUACAGACCAUUAUCAUACAUUUUUUUUGUUUGUUUUUUCCCUAAGGGAAGCAACAUGGCUAAUGGGAUGAAAAUGCUUGGUGUCUGUUCGUUGGGUACACCUGUCUGGGUCAGCCUAAAAUAUCUCAACAACACCUGGAUGUUGAACUGUAAAGUUCAAAGAUAUUCAUCUCUGCCUUGAAGGGGCUAUUGUGCACAUAGAUUUGUUUACUUUGAAGCAUUCCCAUAUACACCUGAGGAGACCGUGUGAAGAUCACACAGAGACAUGCUGCUGCUUAUUAGCUGUAAAGUGGCAAUGACGUCCCCAUUUCCUCCUAUGCCCAGACUACUGCCGUUGUGAUUAGAUGGAUGAUGGACGUCAGUCACCAGUGGAAGCUCUGAAAGUUUUGGCUUUAUUUUAGGGGCUCUGUUGUGCCAUUAAUAUUCUAAUACAGACUCUGGUGAUUCUCCAUAGCACCUGAAUAAUGCAUUAUUCAUUACAACACCAGACAUUUCUCCAUUGUUAAUUCCAAGCGUAUAGAGACAUUUAUUCACAUCUGAAACCCUUACAUUCAAAUUAAGCUUCUCUAGAUGAUAUAUCUUUAGCAAAUAGUCUUUGAGCCCAUACUUAAUUUCAAAAAGUGUCUCUGGAUGUCAUUUUGAUGGAGUUCUUGGUGCAAGCUAAGCAUUGUUGUUGACGCUGACUCCACAAAAAUCGAACACCAAAGUCAUUAGCGUGUUACAUCAAGGUGAGAAAACCUCUCCCCCUCCCUUUCUAUCAGGCCCACACCAUCUUCCAGUUCUAUCUAAACCUCCACCAUCCAGUGUUUCCAUCAUAGGUGUUGUUAUCAGUCUUGUAACCCAUCAGCAAUCACCUGUCACUAUCUGACAAUGCUGUUCAACAUGCCUCCAGGACUAAAUGCUAACUUUUCAGUCAUUUCAGUGGAGUCAGCAGUUAUCAUACACUGGCUAAGACGUGUUUUCCUUGCAGUGUUUACAUUCACAUAGAUGUCUACCUGUCAUGACUGGGUCUAUCACAUCUGCGCUUUUAAAAAUGCUUGUUUUUUGUGAGUUUAUGUCGAUCAUUUCUGAUGCAUUUCAGGGUUAGGGUUGGAAAAUCUUGAUGCUGAUUGACUAUUGUUAUGCAGAAUCUGGCAAAUUGAGGCAUAAUGCUGCAUUCCAGUUACCUCAGAGUUAAGUCAGAUGUCGGAGCUGGGAAUGAUGCGACACUCGAGUUGACAGCAUACCAGUGAACAAGUUGGAAAACCAAAAUGGACGCCAACUGUUAGCCAUUGUUAGCUGUUGUUUGGCAAUUGUUGGCUGUUGUUGGCCGUUGUCAGCUGUUGCUAGUUGUUGUUAGCUUUACCAGUUUUAUACAAUGCAUAACACAGUAUUGUACUCUUACAAACACUAUAGCACAGUGUUCACAGUUAGAUGUUGGGCAGUACUACAUAUACCACUUAUUUAAUUUCACAAAAACAAAACAGAAGAGCAUUCACUGUCACGUCUGGUUCACACUGGAAGCGCCGCGCGCGGAACGGAAGCGCCGCGCGCGCGCGCAGCGCCGGCUCGCGCUUGGCUGUUCACACAGGAAGCGCUUUCUGCUGCGCUCUGACAUGCCGGUCAGACAUCGACUGAGCCCGGUAGUGCUCGGCCGUUUCCGUCUGCCCUCAGUUUUCCACACUUACGAGCGCUUUAAAAAUGGGUAAAUCACUAUUUAUUUACGUUUUUAUUUCGUCAUACAUGAAUUAAAUAUUGACAGCAUCUUCAAGUAUUGUUUUAAAUUAUUAUAUAGGGGUAAACGACGAAUAAAUUGGGAAGUCUGUUGACUCCGUUGUAUGUAUAGCCUUGUUAGCUCGAGGCUAUUGACUGUAUCGUAAUAAAGUCCCCCCCCCCCCUCUUUGUCUCAAUAACAUCACUGAAUCUCUGCAGCUCUCCCUCCGUGUGUGUGUGUGUGUGUGUGUGUGUGUGUGUGUGUGUGUGUGUGUGUGUGUGUGUGUGUGUGUGUGUGUGUGUGUGUGUGUUCAUCGGUAAAAAAAAAUAGACUGACAAGCAACACCGUAAAUCCUUUUCUAAUUUAUUGAAAUUUACUUUAUUUUGAAAAUUGACCGGAUUCUCUCGCAUCUCCUUCCUGACUUCCUGUCUGGUCCGAUCUGCUCUGUUGAGCUUUACAUCGGCGCUCGCGGCUCGCGCCGAAAAUAGAGAGAAGCGGAGCACCCGCGCUCCAGAGCGCGAGCCGUUCCGCGCGCGGCGCUUCCGCGCGCGUGCUGUGUGAACAGUCUCAUAGGUUAACAUGGGCGCCGAUCUGAAACUCUGUGCGCGGCGCUUCCGUUCCGCGCGCGGCGCUUCCAGUGUGAACCAGACGUUACUCUUUACUGGUGAUGCACUGCGCUGCCAUCUUUGAUUAUGACGUUGUUGUCAAGUCAGGAUUGGUGAGGAUUGUGGAUUAUGACUCUGAGCUCGGAAAUUCAGUCUUCCGAGUAAAACUAGAAUGCAGCAUAAGUCUAAGUUUUGGAUCCUUUUUCAUGAACAUAUCUGUUCAAAGACAAGAAUGAAUCCUUGUUGGAUUACCACCAAUGAGAGUUGGGAUGUCACUCAAUGGGGUAGCCCUGCCUGCUUUUGCUCGCCAUACAGACUGUUAUUCCUGUGUGUUCUAAAGCUGGCUGAUGCAUGAAUGGUUCAAUACUGCUCCGACUACAAACGCACCACAGAGGGAAUCCAGAACAUUUCAGAUUCUUUGCAGAUUCUAUACUCUUCAUGUAGACUCUGUAAAUAGAGAUUUGGUCAUCAUAGACUUGCAAAAGGUAUGAGGGCUGGGAGUAGAAGGGGGGAUGCACACUUUAAGGGGUCUAUGUGCCCUCAGUGUCCAUCCCUUAGAGGAGCAAUUGAGAAUUUAAAAAGAGAUGUACAUCACAACUAAACACAAACGUUCUCAGGGCUCAUCAGGAUGUCAGCAAGACAGCGGUCAUGCUCUGAUAUUAUGUGAUGUUAUGUGUUAUGUCGAAUGUGUCCUCCAAACUGUCCAUUAACAAGUGAAAAAUCUUAAACAUUUUCCAUGCAUUUUUUUUUCUGCUAGAAAACUGUAACCAAUAAGUGUGACUUCCUAAGGCUUUCUGCAAUGUAAGUGCUUCUACGGUCGGAGUACAGACAGAUAUAAGUGUUUGUAGCACUCUCGCUAUUAUUGAAUUCUAAUAGCAAAAACAUAGCUUUGCCAGGUUUAUACGGAUAGAAAUGAUAAAUGUAUUCAGGGAGAGUAGCAGAUAAGAGAUUCUCAGAUACAUUAGUGCAGGCUCAGUGAAAGGUACAAGCCUAAUGCAAAGUGCUCACAUAGCUGAGGAGUUGGCCACUCGCUGCCUCUCAAAUCUCAUUUCUGAUAGCAGCCUGUCGUUGCCACCCAGGCGUGGUUCCAAGGGUCAGGGGAAAAACGGCCCUGCCUCGCAUGCCUUGGCACGGCUCACUGGAGGGACCCUCGAGGCUCAGGAGAUUAGAGCGCUAAGUCUUCCCUCUGCUAUAAACUAGAGCUUUGGUGUGAGUCUUAGAGAGCGAGUGAAAAUCACAUGAUGGAGUGAAGUGAACUACUGAGAUCAAAACAGAAUAUUUGCCUGAUAUUUGGAAGGACUGGCUAAUUGCAUGCUGAGCCUAAUUUAUCUUGUUGUUUCCAUUGAUGGUCAGCCAUUAGGGUCAUACUGGUACCACACCAGGUCCUUUUCAAAGAGAAAAAAAGUAGUUAAGGUGUGAAUGAGGCUGUAUGUCUGUAUUAACUUGAUAUGUGCCCAUUGUUACCCACUUAAAUAUAAUAAGCUGUAAUUUUUGGGUAUAUUCUAACAGCAUCUGGAGAUUUAAAUGAGAGGGGGUGGUAGCUGUUAGGGGUGGGCCAAUGCAUUGAUUUUUCAAUACACGGGGAUGCCACACAUGACUGUCAAUUACGUUUAACAAAUAUUCAAAAAUCAUUUUUUUUCCCCAUGAUAGUGAAAUUACAAGUAAACAACUGCAGCACCCAGAGGUUGGCUAGAAUGAAAAAAGCCGCCCGGAUAGUUUCAAGGAGCUGACUCAUGACAGACUGUUAGCCGUCAUGGCAGCAGCUAAAUCACUGGCUUCUGCAACUGAGCAUAAGGUUCACACUUUGGGUUUGAAAUCAAGCAUGUGGAGUCUCUGUGUAAAUAAAACAUAAUGGAGGUUAAUUGGUUUGUUUUCUUUGUUUAAUGGAUACUGACACUCUAUAACCACAAAUAAUGCUCAGAACAGCACCUAACUUCAUCAACAGUACAUAUAGGGUCUCAGCCACAGCACUAGCCACCAAACAUCUUUUUAACUUUGCCUGAUUUCUUUAGUAAAGAGACUAAACACAACCCACCUACUCUCUUCCGGCAGACGCUUGUUUGUAGCAAGACCUCGGGCCAGUCCAUUACGGACUGCUGCGGGUUAACGCAGCUCAAGGAAGAAUAUUUAUGAUUAUUACUUUAUUAUUUCCUUGAAGUAAUAAUCAUCAUACUAAUCAUUUUGCACUGCAGAGUUCUUAUGCCUUAGUUUCUUGCAGCAAUUUUAUUUCCAUGAGGAAAUUCUCAUAAAUGUUCUUCCUUGAGCUGCUUCACCCCGCUGUAGUCCGUAAUGGUCUGGCCUGAGGUCUCGCUACUAACAAGUGGCUGCUGGAAGAGAGAGGGUUAGUUAUGUUUAGUCUCUUUGCUAAAGAAAUCAGGCAAAGUUAAAAAGAUGUUUGGUCGCUUUUGCUGUGGCUGGGACCCUAUAUGUACUGUUGAUGAAGUUAGGUGCUGUUCUGAGCAUUAUUUGUGGCUAAAGAGUGGCGUUUUGGUUGAGGUUUGUGUAUGGCUCCAUCGUCAGCUGAGUAUUGCUAUCAUGUGGUGAAUGUGUGGUUACUAAAGUUGGUAUGACUAGAGAAGCAAGCAGUUGGCAACAUUCAUCUCUCGAGGGGGUGUCUAACUCAGUGUUACGGUGUGUUUGACCUUAAAUUAAUUUUAUGCCGGAAUUUUCCUUUUAAGGCUAGCUCUAGAAUAAAAGCCCAUAUUGUGUAAUUAAACAUGUUGAUAGUCUGGCAUGACAAGAAAUUGCGUCUGCAUAAUAAGGGGUGUUGCUGAUUUUUUCUACUGCAGUACAAAAUAUUCAAGUAUAUCAUCUUUAAUUUCAAACCUUGGACCUUAAAUUUGACAUGUUUGUUCUCUUAGAAACAACCUUACCUGAUCAGCAUGCUGGAUUUGAGAAAGUUAACCCUCUAACCCUUUUCUCCUGUGUUUUUCUCCAGCUAAAGAGCACCAUUCAACACAUCAACCUCCAGAUCAGCCAUGACACCAAAGAGUAAGUCUUCCUGCAGCUUACAUCUGUUUUGAUAAUAGAGACAUGAUAGGGAGUGAGAGAAAUUAUGUUUACUGCAGACCACAUUUGGUUUUUGUGUAAAGAAUGAGUGAGUUUGUCGCCAGAAGCUGUCGACAUGUGUGCUUAUAGACAGCUAUUCCCUGAGAGCUUUUAGGGAAAGAUGGAAGCAGAAAGCAGGGCUCUCUCAGGGCAAUUAACUUGUGUUUCAAAGGCCUUUAGCUCCACCAAAGCCCUUUAUUCAGUGCAUACUUUCACUAAUUGCCCACUCAAACUUGGACAUGAUUUUGCAUUUGUCAGGAAGUGUGAAAUACCAUCAGAAGUGUCUGAAACCUCUUUGAAAAUGUGGUCCAGGAGUUUUUGCAAACAGAAAGUUAAACAUCUUUGUUCAGAAGCCUUGGCACAACAUAAUGUACAGCAAAAGCAUAUAGCUGCCAACAUACAAUCAAUUCACAAAGAGAGGGGUUUAACUAAAAAUAGCCUUCAUGAGUAGCAAAGCACACAAAACCAAGAUAAUUAGAGCAACAUGAUCUAAAGUAUGACAUUUUAAAUGUGGUCUGAGUGCAUCGACAUGACAAAAGGAGAAACAAGGGGUUAAAACUUAAGACUGACAGCUUCUCAAAGUAAAGCCAAAGUAUUCAGAGCACCCUAUGGCUCCAGUUUAGAUUAUGAGCCCCUGCUCCUCCAUGCUGACAGGCCGCAGGGGUCAAAUUUUGCCAUAGAAUUACAAGUCAAGUAAAUUGGUCUCCAACAUGGUUUCUGUCUUUGCGGUUAGUUCAAUCAGUGACUCAUGAUGUACUGACAAAAAAUUAAUUGCAGCUGUUGGUGUGUGUGAAACAUCAAGUACUCAUUAAUACCUUAUAGCUUGCUUCACAUGAGAGAUUUGAAAUGUAUAGAUUGCUACCAUCGUGUCGCCGUCAAACAGCGAGGAGGACAGUGAUCCUUUAUGUCAUUACCAACUGUGCACACUCUGACUUUAGAUAUCAACACCAGCCUAAUAACUCACCGUCUGUCAGGAGGCUAUUUUGCCAGGAGGAGGUGGUGAUAUAUCUCCCUUCUUUAUAUAAGGUUUAUAGUUACAUUUAGUGAAAUCACUACCAAUCAUUCGCACACAUGCGUAUUGUCAUCUCCUUUAAUGGUUCAUUUGCUAAGAUGACAAACUGUGAUGAAGUCUGGAGCAGUGAAAGGAUAUGGGAGAGUGGGGUAAGAUGAGACAUUGUUUAUAUUUCGGAUCACUACAUCAAGAUGAUCAUAGUUUUGUCUCUAACUAGUGUAUCUGCAUAUAUUUCAAGAUGUUGUGCAUCCCUGCAAACCAACAGAAUGAGUGUAAACAUGACUGUCUUGAUAAUAUAGCAUGCCAAAAAAAAGUGGCAUCCUAUAGGAGCAGGGUAAGUUGAGCCUACUACCCCUACUAUCCCUACUACCCCCCACUCUCCAUCCCAGCCCUCCCUUACCAUCUCUCUCCCUAAACAAAAGUCACUUCUUUACAGAACUACUAUUAUGACUUUAUUAGUCCUCUAAGCUAAAAUGGUGGACUUUAAUACUUUGUUUUUGACCUCAUGUUGUAGCUCAUAGAUACCACAAUUUAUGUAUAAAACAAAUUUAAAAUGAUCUUUUUUGGUCUGAACAUAAUUCUAAUAAAACUUAUGACAGACUAAAUUCACUUUCAAGAGUGAAAAAGGAUUUUUUGGUGAUAAAUGUCUAACCCCUUCACCCAUGUGCUUCCAACCUUAACAGACUCCAUGAAUUAAUACCCAUCUCCUAAAUAUUUGGUCACAUGAUCAAUUUCUUUUACCAUUUCCAAGCAACAGGGGGUGGCUCAACUUACCCUUUGGUUCAACUUACCCCACUCUCCCCAAUAAUAUUGAUUUUAGCUUUCACUUCACAUCUCGUCUUUUACAUCUAAGAUUUGUUGAUUUAGCAGAGAAUCUCUCCACAUUUGGAUAAUGACUCCUCGUCUGAAUAAAUGCUGGAUUAGGAAGUGUGAAUGACUUCUGUUUUGGCGGAGUCAUGAGAAAAAUGUGUAGAUGGAGUUUGAAAAUAGCCAGGGUGAUUAAGGUGAGAAGAAGACCAGAAAAAAAAGACAGAAUUAGAGACAGCAAAGCAGAGUGUCAGGAAGACAGAGUGAGACAGAAUGCAGACAGAGAUGACAGAGACUGACAGCCAUCCUCCUCAGUCUGACAUCUACAGCCACACAUCCAGCAGUGAGAAUACAGAGAAGCAGCCAAAGAAGAGUCGAGAGAGAGGAGAGAUGGCGCACGAUGCUGCUUAAAGGCCAUCUUCACUUAAACUGGCAAUGUGCUGUCUAAAAAAGCAUCAGCGUUUCACAAGCUGACACUGAGCUGAACUUGACUGAUCCUCCCCCAAAAGAAGCAGGAGGAUGCACAAUUCCUCUCACUUUGAUUAAAGAUCCUGAAAAAUACUUGUUCAGCUCCUGGACAGCUCUCUAAAUUCGUAAAUGUAGUCCUCAUUUGUUCUGUUUUUAUCCUCUGUCCCAAUUGUCUUUGGAGGAGUUGUGAUAAUUGAAAAUAAAAGAAACUUUAAAUGCCAAGCUCAACUUUCAGUAUUUCUAGUGGUGUAAGGAGAAGUGUCAGCAGCACCAAAAGAAGAAGAGUUACACUCAGAAGAGCUGUGGUCGCUCACCCCCAGAGUACUAACUGUACAACUUUCCAGUCAGGCCUGUGGUGUUCAAAGGUGCUGUGUUUGUUUUCAUGUUGUUGUUUUUUUUUUGAGAGUAGAUUUGAAACAAACAGAAAUAAAAAAAAGAGAAGUACACCUCGUUCCCAGGGUGGAUAGCAAAGCGUGUUAGCAAAUCUAUUUCCAGGAAUUUUGCUUUUUAUCAGCGCAAGCCAAGAAAUGCAGGACUAAAACCUCUCAGAUAAAAGUGUAAUGUUUCCCAAACACAAGAACAAAAUGGACAGAGGGAGAAAGAGACUGACUGACAGGCAGGCAGGCAGUGUGUGUCUGUAUUAGUGUGUGUUUAAGCUAGGGCCAAGCUCUCUCCCCGCUCUGUCUGCAUUCCCAUUAGAAGAGCGUUCUGGUCCGUGGCCGCCCAGAGGAUUUGAAUGGCACAGGCUCUGGGUAAUGGGAACAUGGGGAUACUGACAGAUUGGCAGGGAGUUUUUUUUCUGAGUGCCAGUUCCACCAUCAGUAGCAGAAGCACAGCAUUUUAUCUGGUACUGUUUUUGUUGUUUUUCCCUUCUCACAGACUGACAUUUAUUUAGAGAGUCCUGACAUAGAAUGAUAGAAAACCUCAUUGUCAAAUCCAUGUAUAGGAACGACAUUCACUUAUCCCCUCCCGUCUCACUUCAUUCAGCUAGUCAGACAAGUUUGACAAAAAGAAACAUGGUCAGGCCAAUUCUAUUUAGAAAGCUGCUUUGUGUCCUCUCAGGUCAGGGGUAUUGGGGCUUCAGGAAGUAGACAGCAAGGACAGCUAGAAAAUAUCUUAAACAAGGUAAAAAAAGAUGUACUGCAGUCCUAAUUAAAAGGGAAAAAGCAUCAAAGUCUUUUCCUGGAGAGUGAGGAUGAUAUUUAGCGAAUGUCAUUCCUGACACCUUUUCAAAAUUCUGACACCCUCUGCAGCACCUGGCUUAACUUUGAUAUUUGUUGUUGUUGUUUUAGCUCAAGUAACAGAAGAAAAAAAUGCUUCAACAUGGUUUGAGUGUUGGAGGAAUUUCAGCAUAAUCUGUAACUGACAACAAAAUUUGGUUUCCUUUUCAACAGAGACAAACCCAAGCUCAUAUUACAGCAUAGCAUAUUAUCAUUGUGUAAGUGACACCUGGGCAUUUUUUGCGGUUAUAUUGAAUUUAUCCAAACAAACAAAAUCCAAGUCCGGUGUACAUAAAGCUUCCAUGUGAUUCGGUUUAUCAAAAGUUGGUUUAAGGCUUCAAAAGAUCUUAGAAACCAAUGGAAGAUGUCCUAGAGAUAUUUUCUACACUCUGAGUGACACACAAACUUUCCCUAUCCAAGCUUUGGCUGUCUGACUUUUUAUUUAACGAAAAUGCAAUCUUUGUCUUUUUUCAAAAUUCUAAGUAAAGGAACCAUUAAAGGAGAUGACAAUUUGUGUGCUGAUGAUUGAUAGUGAUUUCACUAAAUGUAACUAUUCAUCUUAUAUAAAGUAGGAAGAUGCAUCGCCACCUCCUCCUGUUGCACAAAAACGAAGGCAAAAUCUGUGAAACAAUGGUUUUCAUGGUGUUCAGGGCAAACAUGGAACAGACGAAAAAAAUUGUCUGUUUGUCUAAUUGGUUUUAAAUCAUUUUAUGUCUUUCUGAUUUUAAAUUGUUUUCAUCCCUCCUUUUUAAAAAUUUUAAUGCAUUUACAUCUGUAAAGCACUUUGAAUUGCCUUGUGUAUCAAUGGUGCUGUACAAAUAAACUGGCCUUGCCUUUUUAUUUUACGCCGUCUCGCAGUAGGUCGGUUUAGCACACUGAUACUACGCAUGCUACCACGACUUCUGCACAGUGAUGCUGCUUGAUAUCAAGCUGUAAUCAUCAAACAGCUAGUUUUGCACAACUUUAAACCGUGAACAGGGGUCAACCGCUAACAAAAUCCUCGAAAGCUCACUAAUUAUCGAGUAACUUUCAAAUUGUUACGUGGAAUCUAAAGGUUAUAAGGGAACUAUGUCAAAUCAGUCAGACUUCAGAAACAAUCUCAUUCAGGUGAUUUGGUUCCAUUCCAAUAUUUUCUGCGCUUGGAGUCGAUAGAUUACUUGUUUUUUUAUAUGUUUCUGUGUGGCUGUCUUUCCUUUCUCAGGAGGCCUGACACAGUCAAACAGAAGAACGCCUUUCCUCCAAACUUCAUCCACUCUCUGGACUCCACACACAUGAUGCUGACUGCUCUUCACUGCUACAGGUAUCAUCCAACACUACAAAUUAAGCCGAGACACGUUCCCUCUAUCCCUGCUGCUGAAGCAGAAUUUCCUUCCCUAAAGAAUUAUGUAAUAAAAGCCCUCCUGUCCUGAACGCUCUUAUAGGCUCAGCUCAGCAGAGUAUUUGUAUUGUACUGUGGUCUCACAGAAUCAGCCCUCCUGACAUGACUGGUUAUUCAUAAUGGAACUCACUGACUUUGAAUGAGGGUUUCCCUUUUUUUGAGCUGCCGUGUUUCACCUUUUGUCAGAGUCUGCCUGUUUUUUAACCGAACAGCAUGUUAUUUUUCUUUUUUCUUCUGGUUUCAAACCCCACUUACGGACUCUGCACUUCUUUGUUCUCCUUUCUUCUCUUUCUCUCCAGUGCCGGCCUGACGUUUGUCUCGGUUCACGACUGUUUCUGGACUCAUGCCCUCACUGUGGACACCAUGAACAAGGUAUCAACUUACAGUACAACCUUUUCCACCCCAGCCUGUAUGGAUUACCUCACUUUUUUCUUCCUUUCAGAGCUGUCAGAUCAUGCUUUAUCAGUCUUAUUUUGAUGAUCAGUUCAAGCUCGAGGUGGCAGUCCUCCCCUGCUAGCUAAAUGUAGUCUGUCAACAGGCCAAGAAUGUGACACAGCAUAUAACAAAAUAGAUCAAGUUACCAUAAAGUCCCAGUCUGGAGCAAAGCCACGCCUUUAUGUCUUUAUGCAAUCUCUGAGGAGUUAUAACCAGUGAAGCAGUGUCCUCAAAGUAGAUUUAUUUCCUCUCACCUUUUAUUGUGAUAGUGUAUGCAUUCCUCAUUACACAGGUAAUUAAACACAACUGCAGGGGUGAGCUAUCAGGUAUCUUAGUCAAUAAAUAAGCUCCAAAGUUGGAGGGUGUCAUUUAAAUCCAAACAAUUUUUGUCAUAUGCAGCAAGAGGUCCAUAUAAUCUGUUUGCUGUCCAUUCUGUGAGUGCUGAAAACAAACCAGUGUUUGUGCACAGUCCCAGCCCAGUAAAUUGGAAACAAACACAGUGGGCAGACUGAAGCACAAACAUAAUUCCAGCAAAUAAGCAACAGGUACCAGGGCAGUGCAUUCGGACCUCUGCUUUUGCUGCAAGUAAACUUGCUUACCUCAUUGUGGAUAACUUUAAAUAAGCAGCAGGUUUUACUGUUUCUUUCCCCGGCAUUGCCAGACCAUUAACUGCAGGGGCCAUAUAAGGGAGCACUGAAGGGAGGGUUGCAUUUGUUUGGGCCCCGAUUCCAAAUAACCAGUCCAUUUCCACAGUUGUAUAACAUACCUGUAAAGGUCACUGAUUCGUCCUUUCAUCCUUCAUACCCUCACUUUCUGAGCAGUCUAUCAAUUUCAGAGUAACAGGGGGCAUGAGCCAAUUCCAAAAACCCUUCAGGAGCAUGUAGUGUAGCAUUCAAGCAAAAGCCCUGGAGGGUUUUUAUGCAGUUCUCUCUCACAUCCUCGGGUAGUUGUGUGUCCUUAAAUGAGUCUGUAUGUGUAACAAGAUAAAAAAUGAAAGGGGUUGUGGUUUAUUUUGGUUUGUUUUUCCCCCAAUGAGGGGUUGUUCUUGUGAAACAGCACAAAAGUCAUCAAGUAAUAGGUAGGGUUUGGUUCAAAAUUCGUGCGAUAAAACCUUGUCAGUCUGAAGCUAAAGAACUGAUGCCACCAACUGUUCAUCGAAAAGAAACCUUGUAAUAUUCACAUAAAUGUUUUAGCAAAUCCUCUUUUACAUCACUUCUUUUUGUUUUAGAAGUCUGACAUUGAAAAAGUUGUUGUAACCUUUUAGCAGUAACUGAAAUGUCAGUUAUUGAAGACAUUUUUUCCAGGUUUUGUGACUGCCUCAUGUAUAUUUUUUCCCUCUCGUCCUUUGUUGUCAUCUUCUCACCACCUCAUCUUUUACCUCAUCAGCACAACAACAACAGGAGUUGUUUGAUCAAGUGUUCAGGCUAGAGAAACUCAAAAGACUCUUCUUUCUGCCUCUGCUUUUCCUCUAAGGUCUGUCGGGAGCAGUUUAUCGCCCUGCACGGCCAGCCGAUUCUUCAAGAUCUGUCCACCUUCUUGCUAGAGAAAUACUGCAGAGGGCCCCCGUGAGUGUUCAUACCUACACCCAGGAACAUGUAUAGAUUUACACGCUGACAUCCACACAUGUACUUUGACUUAAGAUCAGAAGAAUCAGAUCUGUGAUAGUAGCUACAUUUAUCACAAGUUAAAUCUUUUUUUGGUCUUUUUUUUUCAAUAAGUUACUUAUAUAUGCUUCGUUAUUUUCUAUUCUUUGAUCUUACACAGUAUCUAUCAAGUCCCUCUCUCUCUCUCUCUCUCUCUCUCUCUCUCUCUCUCUCUCUCUCUCUCUCUCUCUCUCUCUCUCUCUUUCUCUCUCUGUUUCCCUCCAUUUCUCCCUGUCUGUAUUUAUGAAACAGUGUUAUCUUAAUGGACUUUUAUGGUUUUGCUCACCAUACACCAAACCUGCAGCUCCACCUACAUACUGUACAUUAUCAAAGAGUGCAAACAGAACAUAUACACACACUGAAGGUUAUAGGAUUGUAAAAGUUAUAUGAGUGAGCCGGAGUUUUUCCUCCCCUCCACUCUGACACUCUCUCUCUCUAUCUAUCUAUCUUUCCAUCCUUCUGCAUCAUUCUUCCUGGCCUCAGGCGGGGUUAUGCUCACCAUCUAACUGUGUUUUUCUCUCUUUGGGAUAAUUGGACACCUCUUCUACAGCUUUUACUCUCUCUUUUUUUUCUCCACCCUCUCCCUUGAGCCUUGCAAACACAUUAUUCUGUACUGUAGUCACUGGAGAGACAAACAUGAGGGAAUAGAGGGUUUUUGGAGUAGCAUAUCAAAAUUGAUUUGUUAUGAAAUUAAUGUUUCAUGACUACCUUAUGUAGAAAUUUGAGGCACUACCUUAAAGGGGGGGGAUAAGAAAUCAAUAUAUGAAAAAUAAAUCUCAUAACCAAAGUGAGUGAAUACUCUGUUAGGGAUCUGUUCAACUCUUGUUAGAAUGACAAAAAAGUCAAAUUAUUACCUUUUUUAUAACGGAUAAAUACUAAAACAGUAAGUGAAUGAAAGCGAAAUAAAAUUAAAAUAAUAAUGAUAAAUAGAUAGGAAAAUAAUAGCUCAAGUUACAUGACUUAAAGCUUACAGGAUAAUUGAUUGUGAGAUUGUUUGAGACAGAAAACAAUGGAGUCAAACCAAAAAAGGGGAUUACUUUGGCUUGGAAAGGAAAAAAUAAAAAGUUUGGUCAUUAUUUGUGGUGCCAGAUCUCCAUUAGACAUCAACAACUUAUCACAGCAACCAUGUUUAGUUAAGUUUAGUUUAUUCACACACAUCUUCACUGGAUAUAUAGUACAUAUCACAAAUAUACAUAUAUACUGUAUAUAUAUAUAUAUAUAUAUAUAUAUAUAUAUAUAUAUAUAUAUAUAUACACAUAACAUAUACAAAUAUACACAUGUACACUGGAAAUUUCUCAGUGACUGGACAUGUGGAAAGGGUGACCCCAAGGAAACUAUGUAAAGCUUAUAGCAGGGGGCCCAAUUAUCCACAAAUAAAGUGGCAAGAAACACAAUACAACAACAUACUACGACAUACACCAACAUGGAUGGAUGGAUGGAUGGAUGGAUGGAUAGAUGGAUAGAUAGAUAGAUGGAUAGAUGGAUAGAUGGAUAGGCAGACAGGCAAUAAGGCUUGGUGAUGACACAGGAAAGCUCCAAAGACUCUUUCAGUUUGAACAUCCACGAGAACCGAAUAACAGAACGAACUUGGAAGGUCGACGUACAUCAACCUGGAAUCAAACGCCCAACCUUACAACUGAGAGGUGGCUGACUUUACCACAGAGCUACAUCCACUUCAAAUUGAACAUUGGCUGUAGGAAAAGUAAAUGAAGGAAGUUUCUUUAGGAUGCAAUCAGUUGUGUAGUCUGACCGAUACCUCUUUGUAAUCUCAAUAAAUUAAUUGUAAUCCCUUGUCUGGGGAUGAUUCAGGGGAUUUCUUAUCUUUAUUAAAAACGCAGCAAAAACUUGAAUAGGUUAGUAAAAAAUACUUACGCAGUUGAUUAUUCAUUAUUAGAAGUAGCACUGAUUGGGGUUUUAGCUGGUCUGAAAAAAAGAAAAACAUGUUACUUCAAGGAACUAAAUACGGCCACCUCAUUUGCACUACACAUGAUUUGGUUCCUUAAACUAGCAGAAGUACAUCAGCACCUUAAUGUGAGCUGAGACUCUCCAGAAACCAUCAAGAAAGAUGGAAAAUUGAAUUGCACACCUAUCCAAGCACAAACAUGUUUUUUCUCUGAGAUAUAAUGGUCUUAACUUUAUUUCUGCGGUCUUUUGCGACAGGACUGAGGCCAGGAACAAGAAGUACCAAGAGUACAGGAAGCUGUUGUUGCUGCUGGCCAAAGUACCACAGACAGGUCAGUAUGAUUCAGAGGUCAGGCAACCAAACCCCUGACCUCACUAAGGUUUACGUAUCUUUGAAGGAGGGAAACAGACGAAAUUAGCUGGAGGAGACCAAAAUAUCCUGAGGCUCAGUUUUAGAGCAACAGGGAGGUUAUUCAAGCGCCCCUUGCACAGGUUUUAUUUUCUCUCCUGUUCAAUAAGUCCUAAUUGUAGUUACGUACUGUCACUGUGGUUGUACUAUUAUGUCGUCCACAUGGUUGUCCAGCUGUCUGUUUUGCCCAGACACUCUGUUCCUACUUCAUAUCAAACAGGACAGUCCUCUCAUUUUGGACAGAAAUCAAUUUUCAGCUAUUCAUAUUUGUGAUUUUUUUUUUUUUUAGUCAUUGUUUGUUUUUUUUUUAUAUUUCUGCACGGCCACUCAGGUCUAAAUCCCUCUAUUUUCAUUUCACACCACAGUAAGUGUCUGUCUAUUGUUGCCCAGAGUAAAGGUACAGAGAAGUCAUCACUGUAAGUCAGGUGGACUGUAGCUCUGCUGUUAUGUAACCUGUUACUUUAUCUCCAUCUGUACACCUAUUGUACGCUUAGUACGGACAGAUGUGUGGUAUAAAUUGAUUACCGUUAAUUGUGUCCCUCCCCUGCGUAAUCAGCUUAUGUGUCUGAGACCAGUCAGGUGUGGUCCCGGGCUGUAUGUGCUUAGACGUGAUCUAAAGUACAUUACGCUAUGAAAGACCUUUUAUUAAGGUGAAUUGGGUUUCAAUUUGUGUAAUCCAGCAGAUGAUCCUAUGUAUGACCAUGGAGCUGAAAGAGAAAAGCCCAGAGAGCGCAGUGAUUUACUUCAGCCAUAGUAGUGAGAAGAUGCUUUUAGCUGAAUUUAAUAAUGAUACAGUUGAUUUCUGUUAAGAUCUUAAAUAAUGGUCAGUCAAUCAAUCAAUCAAGCUUUAUUUAUAUAGCACUUUUUACACAAGUCGAAUUAACUUUACAAUCAAAAGUGCUUUACAGUGAUUGGAAACAAAACAGUUCAGAGUGGGAAUACAAAUAAAAUCAGUGACAGAAAAUGUAAAAAAAAAACAGGAUAGGUAGAGACUAAUGCACACCAAAGCUGUAAAAUAUGUGUAAUUAAACCAUUAAAUUAUAUUAAAAAAAUGUUAAAAUUAUUGAAAGAAAAACAUUGAAUAUACAAUGUAAAAUUAUUGAAAGAUAAUUAGUCAAAUAAAUAUAUAAAUAAAAACACUAAGCUAGCUAUAAAAACUAGUAAUUAGAUACUAAAAUACAAUAGUUUAGAAUAAACCAAUGAAAUAAUAUUAAAAUCUCUAUAAAACUCCCACAAACUAAAACUUGUAAAACCUUUACAAAAAAAAGCCAGACUGAACGGGUACGUCUUUAGUUUAGUUUAAAAGUCUCAAUAUUUGCAGCUUCCUCCAGAUUGGUAUAGCACUGUACUGGCUGUACUGAAUCAUGUCCCUUAUGUUCAGAAGCUGUAAGCCUUUGUUGCAGGCAGCCUGAGUCCAACCUUAAGCCCUUUGCAGCACGCGAUCCCCCUCUUUAUCUGCCCAAUUUCCCUCUCUAUCAAUUAGUCCUAUUUCCAAAUAAAGACAAAAAAUUCCCAAAAUAAAAUCAACAAAGGCUGUUUUACCGAAGACAGUGAGUUCCAGGAAUGGCAGACAGGACGUGUCAACACAUACAGUCGCUGACAGUUACAGGAAUCAGUAGGGAAUAUAGAAAAUAUGUUCCAUGUAAUAUGGCCUGUUAAAGACAGAUAUACCAAUCCUCUGGUCAUUUGUUUAAAAAAAAAAAAAGGGCAGACCUACUAUAAUCGAGACAAAAAUAUGUGCAGAAACCAGAACCACUGCAGUCUAUGAUUUCACAGGACAAUGAGGAUUUGUGCGUAUAAAAACCCUAACAGUGGUGCUCUUUAGAUAAAAAGGUUCUUUAAAUAAGUUUCAAAACACAAUUUCACCCAAUUUUAACAUUUAAAGCAGCUUGUAGGUUGUUUAUUUCUGCAUCUAAGGAAGAAAUCAAAGAGGUUAAUUAUUAAAGUAAAUUGUAAGUAGAGUAGGGCCCAAUACAGACCCUUGUGGGAUACCGUUUAGACUUUUAAAACCAGAUUUAGGUUAAAACAAGGAAAAUGGAACCAAAAAUAGGGAAAAUAACAGAUGUUGCUUGUAAUUGCUUGCUUUCAAUUUUAAUCACAGGGUUUUUUUUGUUUUGCUGUUCUGAUGCUUUUUGCCAAAUUCAGCAUACACUGAUAGUUUUGAGGCGAUGAACUGAUUAUUUACUUUAUUAAAGCGGCCUUACAUUUAGUUUAUGUGACCACUCUUGAAGACUUAACCUGCUCUGACACUCUGUCUCUCAUCUCUCCAGGUAAUUUUGACCUCCAGCAGGUGAAAGAAUCCACUUAUUUCUUCAGCUGAGACGCUCAUGAGGGGAAACCAGUGGAGGGAGAUGAGUGGAAUUGACAGAGUGCAGCAGGGAGACUGCAAGCCCUGGGGUUUCAACUGGCUUUGUCUCCCUCAGACAUCGGUACAUUGAUCCAGCCGCACCCUGCCUGUCUCCUGGUCUGCAGGCUGGCUGGAGCUGCUGGAGCGACUAGAGGCGCUCGCACAGAGUGAAGCUGCCUGAUUAACUGACUAGUGGGCUGAUUGGAGGAAGGGUGAAGGAGGCAAAAGAUGAAGGAAUCAACCCCGGGGGAGGGAUGUUGAGAGCUCAAUCAGUGAAAGUAGGCUGUAGCUUUUCUAAAGGAUACCUUGACCAUAUCAAGGUACAUGUGUGAGUGUCGACACAUGAGCCAUAGCUACUGACUGAAACUUGGAAGUGUUUCUGUUUCAUUCUUGCGCUGUAAAUAUUCUGCUGUACACUGGACAGAGCUAAAACUCCAACUGAAACGUCUUGUUGAUUGUGUGUCUGAGUGAGAGUGUGCAUGAGUGAGAGUAAGUAUAUUUUUAUAAUGUGUAGACUUCCAUCGAGCCUCUGUCACUGCCUCACCUGAUUACUGAUCAUAUUAAUCAACAGAUUACGUGGUCCCCUCCCUUACCAUCUUCAAUCACUUCAUUUUCUUUUUUUCUGAAGGAGUUCAAGGAAGGGGCUUUUAAAUGAUUUCACAAAUGAUGUGCUGUACUGUAACUGGAGAUGUGGGACUGUAAGACAAAGAGAAACAUGAAGCAAACAGCCAAGGGCUUCUUUACAUGCAUUGUGAGAUGGAGUACUCUUGAUUUUUACCUUUGGAGAGUGACUAAGCACUUGAAAAUAACCCUAAAAUAAAUCUGUUUCUUAAAAUGUCUCCUUGUUUCUUCAGUGGCUCACAGAAAUAGCUCGUACUCUGGGUAUUCUUAAAUAGGAUGAAUGAAACAGCCUGUUAUUUAAUCGUAUUCCUGUUUCAACUGUAUUGUGUAUCUUGAGAUGAAGGCCUCCUUUUGAAAGCACCACAAAGGGUUUGUAGACUUUUCAGAUCUUAUUUUUUUUCUAGGCCAGUGCUGAAUCUAGAAUUAAAAAUAGAAGUGUUAUCUUAUCAUUGCUGGAAACGUUACAGCAGAUUCAGACAAAAGGUGCUGUUGAUGUUCAAAGGCAAAUAGUCUCAGCCAAACAAAGCUGGCUGAGUGGAAAUCUAAUGAAAUGGAAAUUAUCUUCCACGGGGUAUAAAUGCUGCGCUGAUUGGAGUGUUGGGUUUGAAAUGAUUUGAAUGGUAGAUGGAGUCUUUCUAUAUAGAGCUUUCCCUAGUUUUCUGAUCAUUCAAAGUGCUUUUACAGUACAUGUGACAUUCACCCAUUCACUUUCUGGUAGAUGGUAGUGGUUACUAUAGAAAUCUGCCAUCAGUUUGAACUCACUCUGAUCACACCAUUGGGCGCAGCCAGCAGGGGGAGUUGCCAAAGGAUACUGUGGACUCUGGGAUUAAACUCCGAACCUUUCAACUGAGAGACAACCACUAAACCACAGAGAUAAAACAUCGACUUGAAGAUGUUCUUUCCCACUGAGCAUUUUUUGGUCUAAAAGAGGUGUAAUAGACGUCUAAAUGUAGCCUAGACAACUGGUCUAAAAUCAAGGUACUACAGGUCUGAAAAUGAGAUGUCUAAAUUUAGACCAAGUUUAGACAAAAUCUAAAUUUGGGCUAUAUCUAUACUACACUGUUUAUUGCUCAACAGCUAUCAUAAUUAUUUUGGUUAAGGACCUAGAGAUCAGUUAUUCAACUCACAGUUGCUUUUUGAAAUAAAUAGUUAACGAAUAUUGUGUUACAGUGCAACGUCUAAAUCUAGACGAUUGAAAAUUAAGUCUUAAAAAAACGUCAUCUAAUAGCCGUCUAAUGCUCAGUGGGUUGUAUUUCUGAUUUGAAUGACAUCUGACAUUUAUUGGUGUUGUCAUUCACAAACGAUUCAUUGAAAAGAACUGAAUCUUUUAAGUGAACGUACUGAACUGAAUCACUUCCUCAAGUGAUUCGUUCGUUUCUCACUUGAGCUGACGCCUGAAUCACUUGGUGAACGAAUCACGCAUUGAACUACACUCUCUGGAAACAUUUUUGUCGUACAAAACUACCUUUUUAUUUUUCACUGCUUAAUUGCCACCACAACAACUUUCAUACAAUAGGAAACAGCAUGUAACAAGUAGCGUAUUAAACCCACAGCAUCCUUUCAUUGCAGAGGUUUGCGAGAGAACGGUGCAUGUUCAGUGUGAAUUCUUCUAAACAUUAGUGAACAAAUCACUCACUGAGCCCAAUUUACCGAGCAGGCCUGAUAAAUAGCAUACCAUUGUACAGUACACUUAAAACAUCAUGACUUAUAAACAAGUUCAUUUUUACAAACCUGUUUGUCAAAGCAACACAACCAAACACUCUCGUCUCCCGGUCCCAGAAGCUAUGAUCUGAACUGAAUCCUGAACUGUUCAGCUGUGUAUCAGUUCAGGAGGUCGGAGUCGCAGGCUUCUCCUGCUAAAUGAUUCAGUGAUUUGGUGAACAAAUCUUUUUAGUGAACUGAUUCUAGUGAUUCAAUACAUCUAAAAGAACUGCUGUGCCCGUCACAAACGUUUAUGAGAUGCGACCUGUAACAUCAGUUAGUUUGGUUCUGCUUUUAGAAGUGUAAAGGUCUUCGCAUUCAUAUUGAACCAUUUUGGUACAGGGCACAUGCACACUGAACUGACACAUGCGAGUCAGGGUUUGACUGCAUAAGGAAAAUUUGCACUCAUAAAUUUUUUCUACUCAAUCAGAUCUUCUAAUUCCAGCAACUUAAUCAUACAUAUAAAGCGCAGUUGUGUGCAGGCUUUUCUUGAGUUAACUUCAUAUCUGCCUCAUUUAGUCACUAAGGCAGCUAUUAAGUUGGUAAUUGUGCCGAAGGUGCACACUAGCAUGCCUUUACAAGAAGAUCACACCGGAUUUGUUAGCAGUUCAGCUCCUUCUUGUUCAGCCUGUUAUUGUUUAGCUCGGUUAAUGAGCCAGUUCAAACAGUCUAUUACUCUGUACCUGCAGCCAUCUAAGUGAUAAAGCAAACAAGGCCAAGGUCUCUCAGCAAGACUCAGCCAAGCGUGAGCCUCUCCUCUCCUCUCCUCAUCUUUUAGUGCAGAUGACACCGGCAGAGCUCUCUCGUUUUAAGUGCUCCAGGAUCUCACAUACUUUACACAUAUUAUAUUUCACAACUUAGCUUUUGACAAAUGGCAGAUAAAAAGUAUAACACGGAAGAACGGAGGAACGGUUGACUGGACCGAUGAAUGACGAAGUGUCUCAAUCAAUAGCUGUGAUUUACGUCAGAAGUACAGUGAGCCGGCAAGGAAAAGGUUUUAAAUGCUUCAACACCACACAUGAGCAUUUGACACCUUCUUUCUGACAUGGCUUAUAUGUUUAUUUUUUUUAUCUAUUAUUUUUUUGCAUAAAGUAUCAUUUUCUCAGGCUGAGGGAGCAAACAGGAUAUUGAACAGGGCCUUAAUGGGCCUUGAUGUCUCAGUUUCUCUGGGGUGUUUCAUAGGAUGUCUGCUGUUAUAUCUUAUACAUUACCAGUCCAACCUGCAGUAAUGGAAGACGGUUUGUUGAAGGAAACACAAGGAUAGCAUCCAUUACAGGGCCUCUCCAGAGAUUACCAUGUCUAAUUGAUAAUGAUGAUGAUUCUGUGUCAGGGAAAUGUAAAGUGCAAAGACGAUGGAAAAAGGCACAACUUUUGAAUUUGAUUGAACAAUUGCUGAGAUAUCUACUGAAAUAAGUCAGUUUUUCUGCCUGACUGAGUGAUGAUCCACAAAGAGAUGUUUUGAAAGUUGUUCAAUGUGCCUGCCAUCAGGUUAUGAAAUUAUGAAAAGAAAUAAAUAUUUCACAUUUUGUUAAAAGUUAUACAGCAUGCUUUACUUUUUAAGUUACAACUCUGCAUCUGCAGAAAGAAGUGUAACAUCCAGCUUUAAGUGAGCUCUUUCCUUCAACCACAGAGUCUUUCGAACUUGAACACUAUGGACGUGUUGGUCAAUAUCAGCAAGACAUGCCAGAGCUGGAAGUCACUCUUUGAUAGCCUCACCACUCACUCCUACUGAGAGCACUUUGAUCUCCAUGCCAGGCUCCCGGGCUCUCCUGGCCUAUCAGCGGUCCCAUGGUGUCAUGAGUAGCCAGCACUCAGCAGCACGAACAGGGGAGCGGAAUGUACAGACAGUGAUGGGGGGAACUGACGGAGUAACAGAGUCCUGAUUUAAUCUGUAAUGAGUUGGCAAGAUGACUUUGUUUAGUCUGACUCAUGAACUGUGUUGAGUUCCUCAAAAUGAACAAAAAGGUAUAAACAUAUUCCCCUAGGAGUUGUCCUAAAAACUAAAGGCUGAUAGUGUUGAAUCCACAAAGACUUUUUAUUAUCUGUGUUGAAAUCUUUGGAUGGCAAGAUUUUCCAGUUUCCCCCCUCUUUUGACAAUCUCAACCAACUGUGCAGGGGAACUGGCCACAAGAGCAGCAACUUCAAUCAGUGGGACCUUUUCAGCUGUAAUGGCUCUCCAAAAAAUCAAGGGUGUCUUUUAGAAUCGUUUUUUCCUCAAAAAUACCAAGAAAUACAAGAAAAAGUUUGUCAUUUCUUGCAACCCUUUAAGGAGACCUAUAACCCUCACUUGCAGAGAGCGUCCAAAGGUCCUUACAUACCGGGAGCGUUUUUUCGUGUGAUUAUUUCAGACGUCAUUAUUUUUUUUUGAACCUGUAUCUAAAAGUGGAUUUUAGGAGGAACAAGCCCCUGCCCACUCCUGUCCGCAUCAGUGGGACAGAUGUGGAUUUGGUGGACACCUACAAGUACCUGGGUGUUACACUGGACAAUAAACUGGACUGGUCCGCAAACACAGAGGCGGUGUACAAGAAGGGCCUGAGCCGGCUCUACUUCCUGAGGAGGCUCAGGUCCUUUAACAUCUGCAACAAGAUGCUGCAGAUGUUCUAUCAGUCUGUUGUGGCGAGCACAAUCUUCUUUGCUGCGGUGUCCUGGGGCGCGUGCAUCAAGG